GCGGCCCGCCUCCGAGAGACCCUUGUUCUCCAUUGGAGGGAAUGGAUGUUGACCGCAGGCUCCAGCCAAUUGGAAGCCUAUGCGCCAUCGGGAUGGGCGGGCCGUGGGCGGUAGGGGAAGACGGGUUCUGCCAGCGCGUGUGUGGAAGUGCGUGGUCUUCGGUCGGGUCGGUGGGUGAGUGUUGGCCGGGGCUGGUUGCCGAGCCUGGCGUUUUUCGUAGUCUUUUAGAGCGGGGAUGGAGCUGUGUGGAAAUGGAGGCUGUAGCCGACAGUAAUACGCGUACAGACACACAUGCACAGAUAUACACUCAUGCACACACCAACAUACACAGAGACAUGCGCGCACAUAUCCACACACUUAUAAACAUCACACACACUUAUCCAUGGCUAAAGGGAGCUGGAGGGGAAUUUGUAGCAGCAGCAGCAGCAGCAGCAGCAGUCUUUUAUGCCACCCUGUGUUGGGAUGGCACCAUGUGUGUUUAGCUCUUGGCUUUUCGACAGGUAUGCCCAUUGAUGUGUGUGUCAGAGAGUAAGUGUGUAAAAGCAGCAGGUUGUACCUUACUGCGGACUCUUGAGUAACUCACCAUUUAGAAACAUGUUUGCUGUGUUCUCUGUGAAAUGGAAGCAGGCUUUAUUUGAGGCUCCCAACUCACGAUAGAUGUCAGGGGCAGCAAUGCCUCUGAAUAUAUCAGUUCCUGGUGUGGGGAAGGGGAGUCGCCAAUGGGGAAAGUGAUAUUGGGUUCAUAUCCUAUUUGUGGAAUUCACAUAAUAAAAAUGUGGCUGGCGAUGCUGAGGUUAGUUAGUGGUUCCAAGUUUUUUAUUUGCUAGAAGAUCUGAAGCACUUUAAAAAAAAGUAAAGCUCAUGUAUCCCUGAACUCCCAAUUAAAGUUUGUAUGCUCUCAUUUUGUAUUUUUAUGUUGUGAACAUCCGUGUGAUCUUUGGAUGAAGGCUGGUGUACAAAUUUAUUCAUUUAAUAAUAAUAAUAAUAAAUAUUAGGAUAUCCCUUGGCUUAUAUAUAUGUACAUGAACAGGGGUCUCCUUCCUUUGUCCCAACAAUAAUGUUAUUCAGUUAAAAUAAUCAUGGCUGUGAAAUGUUCAUAAAUGUGUGAUGGCAUCAUAAUACCAUAAAAAGUAACUGGGGGGUCUGUACACUAAAAUGUGCUUUCAACCAGGGCAAAUCAUAUGCCCAGGCAAAUGGGAGAGUGUCAUCUGAGAUUCCAGUGCAUCAUACGUGUCUCAGAGCUCCCUGUGGAUACGUGGCACAGAUGAGGGCAUCUGUAUACAACAAAAAUAAACAAGCUGGUGGGGGGGAAGUAACUGUAGGUGUCCACACUGAAAUGUGCUUUGGGCCGCCUCAGAGCAUCCCCCAGGAAUUCCUGUAGAAUUGUUGAUCUGUUAGGUGAACAGAGGUCUCCUAUCAACUCUCUCUCACCACCUUUAACCAAAUACAGUUCCCAGGAUUCUUUGGGGGAAGCCAUGACUCUUUGAAGUGGUGUGAUAUUGCUUUAAAUGUAUAGUGCAGAUGGGACCUACUAUACUAAAUGUGCUUGAACACGGGUGUAUUGUACUGCUUCCUUUCUUCUUCUAGCUCCACUGUCUCACCAGCUGCUCCAGAGCCUGAUUGAACAUCUCCAACUCAUGAACACUCUUGAUAACAUCAUCUGUUUCUGCAGUGUGCCCUACUUUCCUUCAUCUUUGGCAAAUAGGCCUGUCAUCAUAAAAUCUAUCCUGGGCCCAGUGGCUCUUUCCACUCUGUCAUGUGCUGUGACUCCAUUCCCUAGCUCUCAUAAACUCUUGUUUCAGAUCUGCUUGAACUUUUGCAUCUCCCUCUGUAUCUUUUUCCCCAACAUACUUUCAUUGAUUACUCAUAUCAGUCAUGUCAGCAUUUUCCAUCUAGUGUCUUCUUCAAGGUAUUAGCUUCCAAUCUUCCCAUCCGGAAGGCUCUGAUGCAGUCAUGCUCCUGACAACAUUGCUGUGUAAAAGCUGUAUUUUGUUUAUGAUUUCUCAGAAGCUUGAUGGCAUUCUCCUUAAAACCCUGGGGAAGUGUUUUCCCAUUUUGCCAAAGAGGCAAUUUUAAUUCCCUAUGAAUAGCAGCAUCCUACACUCUUUCCAUAGACUUUUUCUUGAGCAACUGCUCUUUGUCCUCAGUCCUACUUACUUCCAGUCAUUUAACCGCUCCUAAGCCUCAAAGCAUAUUCCCUCAAACUUUCAGUAAAGUCCCUAAAUCUUGAAUAAAACCUUUGCUUUAAUUCACACAGGAUACACACUUCAAACAUUAACCCCAGCCCAUUGAAAGAUCUAUUCUACCAUCUCCUUUUGAUCUGAUAGUCAUUAAUGUCUCUUCUGCCACUUGCACAACUCAUGGAACCCAAAAAUGGAUUGCCCAAUAGCUUUACAUCUCCCCAAAGUUACUGUUUCCUUGUGUAUUUUCCCCUGAAAAGGUAGAGCAGCCUGGGAGGGUGCUCCAAAGACAUUGGGUAGUGUUUAUGAGAUUUGGACCCUGAUGUCUGGGCCUGUACCAUGCUGCUUCAUCACCGGCAUUAUUACAAGUGGUGUUCUUGAUGUCUCUGAGAUGGUUGCCCUGUGCUUUAGACUCCUCAGGCCUUUUCAUGGUGCCAGAUAUGAUGCCUCAGGGGCCUACAAUUUUAGGAUGAGGGGUGGGCCCCACUGCAGUCACCCUGGAGUCAAAGCGGGGGGGAAUCUCCCCCUCAUAAAAUUUACAAAACUAUUUUAGACUGCCAGUAAAUGGACAAUUAGAAAAAUUAAUUAACAGAAAUCCAUUUAUCAUACUCAGGUGUUCAUAUGUCACUGAUAUUCUCUUAUGUUUGCUCAGAUGGUGAUUCUUUUAUUUCCAUGACAUAAUUUUUCAGGCAGCACCUUUGGCUUGUGAACAGUAUUCAGCAUGAUAACUCCAGCGUUUGAACUGAGUCAGGAUCCAGAUUUUCUUACAAUAACAAUCAGAGUACCAUAUGCACGAGUUUCAGAGUUUGAGGUCUAUUUUGAAGGGAAGGAGUUCAAGUUUUAUGCGAAACCGUACUUUCUCAGGUAAGUAACAUCACUUCAUUAGGUUGAGUUUAAUUGCUUAUGUAUUGUUUGUCACAUUGUGUUAAUAAGCGCUUCCCCACUGUGUUUCUGGGGGCGAGUUUGCUCAUUUGUGUGUGAGAGACAGAAAAUCCUUAAUAUAGGAUACAUUCUGGAAUCACAUAUUGGCUGAAUUCAGUCUGUGGUUUGUUUUGAGAAUUAUCCUGGGACCCACAGUGGUACAACCCUGGCUUAUUAAUGUAGCUGCUUUGUGCAAACUACAAUAGCCUGUAUUCAAAUGAGAUGAGAAACUGGUUUGUUCCAAACCAUUAAUGAACACUUCAGAUUUCCUCCUUAUUUGUGCAGAAGAGGGAGAAAUAGAAUGUAUGAGCCCAAGGCUUGCUGUAGUACGUUGUUUUGUUUCAGCCGUGUGCUUACACUUCACCCUGAAGACUUUCUGUGAAUGUGUUCUAUACACACAUUGUAAAUGACACCCCUGGCAUUUAUAUAGUGUUAUUUUGAAUGUUAAAAACACCUGGCAUACAUACUCAGUAUAUUCUUGCAAUAGCUCCUUAAGAGGCACCAGUAUUAUUUCUAUUAUAGAGGGUGGGGUGAGACUUAUCACUUUGUGAUUUCAUGGCUGAGGUGGGAUGUGAACUAGCUCUUGUUUCUGAAUUUUAUUCCCCCCCCCCGGGUUUUCUCCUAUAUUAGAUACCAGCAUGGGCAUCUGGAGUAACACUCAAGCUUGUUGAGCAAGUCUUUUCAGUGGACAAUUAGUAUUUAUUAAAAUAUUGAGAAAGCAGGAAAGACUGUAGGCAGGACUUGAGAGGGGAUAGGGCCUUAAGGUCAUGCAUUCACCAUUCUGCAAGGCACACGGCAGUUACCAGUGUGGUGUAGUGGUUAAGAGAGGUAGACUUGUAAUCUGGGGAACCGGGUUCGUGUCUCCGCUCCUCCACAUGCAGCUGCUGGGUGACCUUGGGCUAGUCACACUUCUCUGAAGUCUCUCAGCCCCACUCACCUCACAGAGUGUUGUGGGGGAGGAAGGGAAAGGAGAAUGUUAGCCGCUUUGAGACUCCUUCAGGUAGUGAUAAAGCGGGAUAUCAAAUCCAAACUCCUUUUACCUAAUCUGUCCUUUUCUGCCUUCAUUCUCUGCUCUUCUCACUACCUUACUCAAAUCGCACAGCUUCCAACUGGGCUUUCUUUUGCAUUGAAGUGUACAUGGAAGGAGGUUUUCUAAAGCCUUGAACCAGUCCCUGAUUUCCUAUUAUCCUUACCCCUGCAUCAGAUAUGUAAUUAAACGCCUUUAAUUCCACCUCUCCCAGAUUGGCUCUUCCAGGAAGAAUUGUCGAGGAUGGGAGAGAGAAAGCAUCGUAUGACGACACAGGUUUGUAAUUCUUUUUAAUUAAAUAUCUUCAUUUGGAAGAAAGUGUGAUAUGCAAGAUUCCUCUGCUGUUACAUUUGCUUCCACUUCUAGCAGUAGUAUAAAAUGAAGAUAGCUGUCCUGGUUGUUUCAGAAUGUUUUGCUUCGUAGAGAUAAGUGGGAUGGUUUAGGUUUGCUAGACGGAAGACAACGAUGCUUCCCAUGUCACAAUUUUCUUUGUGCAGAGACCGUCAAGCGCAGCCUUAUCUAGUGGAAUGUGUUGCACGACAAAUUAUGAAUUUGGGAAGAAUGUUUUGUGUCUGUUCCCCAUCUUCUUAGCUUGGGUUUUUGGACUGAUCGAGCAAGACAUGUAGUAGAUGUAUUUAAUUUGUGCCUCUCACUUGCAAUAUGGAAGGUGGUGGAAGAAAGCAAAAGCCACUUGCCCUCGUUCUGUUUGAAGAGGGGCCUUUUUGAGAUAUAUGAGGCCUAGAUGUGGAACUGCAUCUUGUGUGACUUCCAAAUCUUUCCACUGGGAGGGUGUGCAGAUCCUCCUUUUGUAAGUUAGGAUGGGAGCUGAAAAUGAGCUGUAAUCACCCGUGCUCCUCUUUUUCUGCUUUAUGAAUGUGUGAAAUCAUUAAUGAAUGGGGGCGCUGCACUUGCAGGCCUCUGUCCCUGGAGUAAUGCAAGCAAAAAUGAGAGCAGGCAGGGUUUUGUUUUUGGUUUUUUAGUAUAGUCUGGCCAGCAGUUUUGCUAUUGCUUUUCGAAACACCCUAGUAGUAGCUUAUCCGGAUAAAUGGGGAAGUGCCUUUUGUUAACUCAAUCCUUUUCUUUCAAGGGGUUUUUACAAUCCAUCUUCCCAAGGAAGUUCCCGGAGAGAAUUUUGAUGGGCUAGACAUGUUGACAGCUCUGUUAGCGCCAAAGAAAUCCAGAUCUGCAAAACCUUUAGUCGAAGAGAUGGGUUUGUAUAAUUUUAAUUUAAAAAACGGCUCACGGGUUCAUUCUCUCUCCCUCCCUCUGUAAGUUCAGAGAAAGAUGAAUUUAUGUGCUAGAUGUUUUACUUGCACUGCUUUCUGCAAAUAGGAAUUUAAUGCUUUACAUAGGCUGAUAAUGCUUCUGGUUGUUCAUAGAAACACAGGAAGCUGCCUUUUAUGCCUCCUUGGUAAUUGCACCUGCCCUGUGGGAACCCGCCCCCGCCAUCAGAUGUCAAGGAAAUAAACAACCUUUUGACUUUUAGAAGACAUCUGAAGGCAGCCCUGUUUAGGGAAGUUUUUAAUGUUUGAUGUUUUAUCAUGUUUUUAAUAUUCUGUUGGGAGCCGCCCAGAGUGGCUGGGGAGGCCCAGUCAGAUGGGCAGCAUAGAAAUAAUAAAAUUAUUAUUACAGUGGUACCUCUGGUUAAGAACUUAAUUCGUUCCGGAGGUCCGUUCUUAACCCGAAACUAUUCUUAACCUGAGGUACCACUUUAGCUAAUGGGGCCUCCCGCUGCCGCCGCGUGAUUUCUGUUCUCAUCCUGAGGCAAAGUUCUCAACCCCAGGUACUAUUUCUGGGUAUACGGAGUCUGUAAUCUGAAGCGUCUGUAACCCGAGGUACCACUGUAUUGCCUUCCCCAAUCAAGUGCUGCCCAGAUGUUUUGGCUGCUCCCUUUAUGCCUGACUAUUGGCUAUGCUGGCUGGGGGCUGCUGGGAGUUGUAGUCCAACCAUGCCUGGAGAUCAUUGAGAUCGAAGGAGCCAGAUCAACACUAACACACUAAGGAAUGUGUUUAGUGUUAACUCUGGAGUCGUACCUUGGUUCUCAAAUUUAAUCCAUUCUGGGAUUCCGUUCAACUCCCGAAAUGGUUUGAAAACCAAAGUGCGGCUUCCAAGGUGCGGCUUCCAAUUGGCUGCAGGAGCUUCCUGCAGCCAAUUGGAAGCUGUGUAAGCUGCGUCGGAUGUUCGGCUUCCAAAAAAAUGUUUGCAAACCUGAACACUCACUUGCGACGUUUGGGAGCUGAUUUGUUCUACAACUAAGGCGUUCUACUACCAAGGUACCACUGUACUUGACCAAACUCCAUCUGAAACCAAAGGGGCACAUUGGUUGCCGGAUGUGAAAUAUAUUGGCAUUAUUUUCAGCCCCCCUACUCCACUAUUAAUUUCCCAUAUAUUGCCCAACACACUCUUUGAUCUCGCCAUUGAGAACUAACCUCACUUGUCAUUUCUGGGCACCACUUCCUGGUCCCUGGUGUGUGUGUGCAGUCGCAUGAAAAUAGAAGACGCAUCAGUGGGGAGAUGGGAGUAUAUACACAUACUUCAUCAUAAACCUAAAAGUAGAAUUCAUUAUAGUGAACUGGGCAGAAUUAUGUGUGAUGUUGGCCAAGUACUAAUCCUGUCUUUUGCUCAAUAUCAGUUUUUCUGGUUCUUAGGUUUAUAUCUCUGUCUUUUCACACAAACAAAUGUAGCGUAUGUACCCCAAGUGAAGGUGCACACGUUCCCGCAGUAUUAAAUGACAUGGUUAGGGCCUCCACCCCACUGGCCUCAUGAAUCUUGUCCCUCUUAAUCAAAGUGGCUUCCACUGUGUGGAUGAUCUGGGAGGCAGGGUGAAGCAGCACAAUUCCAGUUUCCAAACUGGGGGCUCUGGUGGUGCCUUGUGGAGUUUGAGAAUAAAUUUUCUGAUAGGAAGAUUUGUUACCUUUUUGUUCCCCUCACCACCACCUGACCUCAAAACUUCAGGUGCUGAAAAUGAAGAAGAGGAGGAGGAGGAGGAAGAAGAGGAAGAAUUUGACUGGGAAAUUGAACAGACUCCUUAUGUGGAAAGCAAAGACAGCCCCUUAUGUUCGCCUUGCACCUAUGGAUUUGGAAAUAUGAAAUCGGGAGUUUUCAGACGUCUUCAGGUAUGUUCAGGUAUUUAAAAACAAACAACAAACCCAUCAACUCUUCUAAUAGGCAUAGCUUCUUCCCUCAGUCCCCAAUCCAGAAUGAAAUUUGAAACGCAUUACGUAUCAGCGUGAAGGAAAUCCUCAUGGUGUUGCUAUUGAAAUGGAAUAAACCCAACAUACAAACAUUGAUAUCUGGGUGGCUUCCACAAAUAAAUGUGUGAUGUCAUUCAACGAAGUUUUACUCAUAGGAGACCCGUUGAAGUUGGGGCCCGCUUAGUCACGCUCAUUAAAAUCAAUGGGUUGAAACUUAGUUGAAUACCAUCCAUUCUUAUAAGCAAACAAUAUGUUCAGAACCACCUUGAGGUUGGGCAGUGGCCCAUUUGAAACAACCCAUACAAUGUGAGCCUUAACCUAUAAAGCGAAAUCCUCUGUCCUUAACUUUGGCAGUAGGUCCCAUGGAAUAAGGCAAAGGGAGGCUGCUUCCAUUGUUUUCUGCUGCGUUCUCUCCCAUAGCCUAGAACCCUGUGGAGCAGCUUUUCAGAGAGCAAGACGCCGCAGGAGGUAGUGAAAAAUGCCUUCCCACUCUAGUUGUCUAGCAGGAAGACUCUGAGCUGGAGUUCCGUUUGUGAGAACUUUGAAUCCAAACGCUUGCAAUGAUUAAGUGGCAAUCAUUACAAAAGGUUGUGCGUUCUGAUCGUAAGUGCCCUUUUUGCUGACGCCAUGGAAUUUCUGUAUAAAGCCCCACGUGAGUGCCCCUGGGGUUCAUGAUGCUUAAUUGUGCAUGAUUUUGCAUUGCGUAAUUGGCCUGAUGCAAAAUUUUCACGUUUAGGGGAAGGUAGCCCAUCUAGGUGAAGGAAAACUCUGAUCCUAAACCUCCAUUGCCUUAUAGGCAGGGGGUCCAGCUCCUGGGGGCCGAGCCCUUUUGCAUCCCCCAAUACCUUUGGGGUGGGGGCCACCCCCACCACCCAUGUCCAGAAAGCAUGGAGCUGAAUGUGGCACUCCUCCAGUGUCCAGCUCCUUCACAUCCUGCUUCAGAGGGGAAGGAAGGUUGAAGUAGCCUCCUGGUGGUGGCGGCGCUAGCAUAAGGAGGCUCCGGCCAGUCAGCAGGCUUGCACCUUUGGGAGGUCGCUUUGGUGCUGCUAAUGCAGCGAUUUGACUUCACCCCCAAAUACUCACUCCAUUGUCUCUCUAGACAGAUGGAUGCCAAUGUUCAGGGGAUUUCCAUGGUCUGAGAUAGUGUGUCUUCAGUUGAAAUUUGUGGAAGAUGCUUAGCAGCCUGUAACGAUGAAAAAUGACAGUUAAAUAUAAAUCUUAGAAUCGUGUUGUCUCUUCCUAGGUGCUGCAGGCUUGCUUGUGUGUGUGUGUUUUUUGUUUUUGUUUUUUUGGUUUUGGAAAAAAAAUACAUGAUUUUCUCUGUAUAAGCAAAGAGAAGAAUCCACACAGCGCAGUUCUGUGUGAAGAAUACAAUGCAGGAAAUGGAAGUAUUGUGUUAAAUGAACUGUUCAGCUUUCUUCAUUAUGGAAGCAGUGGGGUUCUGUAAAUACUUGUUCUCAGGCUCCUGUUUUCAAACUUGUUUCGGAGUAAUGUGAAGGUGCUUCUUGCGGGAGCUUGCAAUAUUUUCAAAUAGGCUAUAACCACGGGUGGGCAGAUACCAGCAGAGGUGGUUCCCUCGGACCUCAAGCUCCUUGACCAUUUUCAGUAGCAGCCUCAUGUAGAGCUCGUUGCAUAAAUUCAAUCAAAGUUUACUUGGAAUGCAAGCGACUGAGGCCAGGCAAACUCAGUCCAUAGCUGGGCAUAGUGCUAUUGCUGGGUGUAGACUCCCUUUACCCCGAUACCAUCUGAGUCUCCAUUGUCAGCUUUGAUUUGAGAUGAACCUCACAAGUUUUCUGCCUAAACCUUUAACAAAGUCAACCCCCCCACCUUUACAGGUUUGCUUAUUCUUUUGUGGUUGUCUUUGCAGGAUGAACUUAAUGAUGUUAUCGAUAUAAAAAAUCCAGACGUGACCUCUGCAGCUGAACGCAGAGAGAAAAGGCUGGCAGCAGAAGAUGCCAAAUUCGAUCCUGAUCAUUACCUGUAAGUCCUUGCGCAUGGCGUGUUUCUGCAAUAUCUGGUUGACCAUCUUGUCAUCAUUUAAUAGAAAGUGGAUCGAAGAGGCCUAUUUUUUAAAUAGGAAAUGAGUGGUUUCCGUAUCUCCUACUAUUUUGCCUUAUGCUGCAUUUUAGACUCUCUUUAUGUAUAAUUGCCACGGAAGCUGAUGACUGAUAUGAUUCAGGUUUGGUUUUUUUGAGACUCUGUUAGAGCCAAAGGCCAGCUGAAAUUCAAGCUGAGUAGACACAACGACUGCAGAACGUCGUCAACAUAAGGAACCCCACGACUCCCUGAAAUUACCUUUCUUACUCCACAUAAUAGAGUAUAAUAAUCUUGAGUAUAGUACUCUAAGGUGUAAUAGGUGCAAUUGAUCCACUCCGGCCAAGAGAAAGAAACAGGGUUUUUGCUGCAUAUUUAAGCUGUUCGCCCUUGAGAAAUGGGAUAAUAACUUACAUAAGAGUUGCCUCUAUAUCAAGUCCACUGGUCCAUUUAUUCCAGUAUUGUCAACAAUACUGACAGUAGAGAUUGCUUCAUUAAGGCAAAUGAGACACUGCUCCACCAACCUUAGUCCCUCCCCCUCAGCCAGCUCCCACCUGUCUGCCUUCUUACUUAAAAGCAGCUCAGGGUGACACUGCCUGCUUGUUUCCUCCCCCUUCGUCCCAGUGUACCCGCGCCUUGCAUGACAUCUUUGGGAGGAGAAAAGGCUGAGGAGUAAACCCUUCCUUAGUGGAGUCCCUAAGAUGGUUGGAUGGUGCCUGGCAUGCCUCCUUCCAACAACUCCUGCAGCCAAGCUGGUGCCAAACGUAUUGCUCUGAUUUAUUUUGGACCACAUCAGCGAGGCCAAGAGGGAAGUCUUGUCAUCUGGGCAACCCUGGACCUCCAUACAGACCGCCCAGGCUGCACCCAGAGAGUUCACUUCAUUGCUGCUAAUGCAGCAGAAACAACACAGGAGGCAGCAGUUAUGAUUUACCAAUCUCUGCAAGCCACAGCAGGGACUGUGAUUCUCCAGUGGUUUGACUUCACCCCGUGAGGCACACUCCAUUGUGUCUCGCAAUAGAUGGAGAGUCCCAAUGUUGCUCUUGUAGAACUUGGCAGGGAGGAUGAUGGGGAUGAAACUAGGAUUAGUGGACUACAUCUGUUCUGUCUGCCUGCAUUGUGUCCUACUCGUCUCAAUGAACUGCAGUCACCACUGCUACCUGGCAAUACCUGGCGAUUGAACCUGGGUCCUUUUCCAGGCAAAGCAUGUGGUCUACAGCUACAGCCCUUCUCCCAUAUCUCACUGUGUUACGCUAUUUAGUUGCACGGACAAGGGGUGGGUGGAACAACAGAUGUGACUCUCUAACUUUGUAAGGUGGGGUACAUUUAAACCUGCACAAAAGUCUAUACCUUCCCUUCUCUCCAUCCUCCAUUCCGGUGAGCAAGAUAUAACUCACUUGCAUCAUCCCUGUAGCAAGAUACACAAAUCUCAGGUGGGUCUGGGAGUCCUGCACCUCUAGGUGUGUAAACCUUUGCAUGCUACUGAGUAGCUUAAGGAAAUGAUGAUUACGUAUUAUGAUUAUUUGGCAACAUACACGAACGCCUAAUUUUGGACCGUGAUGCAGGAAUCCUUUUAUCUUUCCAGUGCUGACUUCUUUGAAGAUGAGACUAUUCACCAUCUGUUGAAAUAUGAGCCUUGGUGGGUUAAAGCCUCUAGAAAGAAGAUGGAUUCCCAAGAAAGCCAUCCUUUGAAUGAGAGCAGACAGGCAGUAAUUGGUAAGACCCCACUUUCCAGAUCUUCUGUGGAUGUUGAUGGACAACUGCAGGCCUCUUUAGUGGGUAUUUUUCAACCAGGUAUUUGCUCUCCUUUGCAGAAAAGGAGGGACUAUGCAAACAUCCCACCCCUUCUUUUUGAAAGGACUGUCAAAAGUUUGCUUGAGAUUUUAUGGCACAAAAAUAACAGGGAAAAGAACCGUUGGGAGUGAAUUGCUGCUUUGCUCUUCCUGUUUUCCCAGAACCCUUCCUUUCACUCUCCCAGGCCAAACAAGAAGCCUGAGAACCCUUAGAAAGGAUCCUAAAUAUAGGCAACGUUUUCAUGCUUUUUGGUUUCUCAGUCUUGGAGCUGGUCUCAUAUACUGUGUGGUGUGACCGGCGUUGCUUCUGCACAACACUGGACCAGUCCCACAGUCUGCCUAGCAACAAAGUGAGAAUAUCUUAAGCGGAGAAGGGUCAGUGCACAACACUCUUAAGAGGGGCAAGAACCCAUUUUUACUGUAUUUUCCUAGUGUGCCCAAGCAGCCUGUUAAGACCACUGCACAUUUAUGAACAUAUAAAGUUAAUGAAAUCUAUUUGCAAAUUCAAAUUUUCAUUUGACAUUUGUCUUAGCGGUUGAGUCAAACAGAGAAAGGCUUUCAUUUUGUUGCUGCUGUGCUUUGACUAAAAGCCAUUUUCAAAUUGGAUGAUACUGAUGAAUGUGUCUUUUUGCUAUCUUCCUUUGGUUAACUGUACUGAACUACAGUAUUAAGGACUGCUUUAUCUGCCCUUCUAUAGUUGAACCAUUGACAGUAGAAGUACUUUCUGUUCUUGCCAGAUAUCUCGUGGUGAGGAAAAUUAAACUUGUACUAUUUAAAGAAAUCUUAAAAGCAAACCGUUAUUAGCUUUUGUUUGUAAAGGCAUUUUGGGUUGCAAAAUCUGAAUAAGAAGCACACAUUAGAAAGUUGUUGCUGCUGCUGCUGCUGCUGCUGCUGUUGCUGCUGUUGUUAAAAUCUGUAUAUGGCCUAUACCUGCAGGUCUCAGGAUGGUUAAAAUUACAAUAUAAACACAUAAAAUACAUAAUAAAAAUAAGAACAAAAACAACCCAAUAACAUUCCCUCAACACAUUUUGUUAGAGGGGGUGUUUACCAAUGGAAGUCAUGGAUCGUUCUUCCAUGGAGACUCUAGAGAGGAAAUGGAUGAGCAUUUAACUUCUGGCAGUUAAAUAAGUUGAAACAGGGCUUGUGAGGUCCCUCAUAAUUCUUACAGUGUGUAACCUUGAUGCAGGUAAAAUCUGAAGAAGGGCUGUUAAGAAUAAGGCUUUAAAAAUGCAUGACACCUGUCUUCCCUGCUGUAUCGCAGUGCUUAAUAAUAAAAUGAAUCUGAACCUGACUCAUUUUAUAAUAGAUGAAAUUCUUACUGUAUUGCUAUGUGGUGAGAUUUACUCUUCAGAAGAGGUAUUGCACCCAUGUCAUGUAAUACAAUUGUAUAGGUGACAUUUUGAAUGGUUAUCUGCGGCGCUGAAAUAAAGCAAAUGGCAUUUUUUUUAAAAAAAAUGGAUUGCUUUUGUAAAUUCUCUUUAUUGAUAACAGUCACUGUAACUGCAGAGGCUUUAAUAUUUCCAGAAAGAAAUGCAAGGGCUGAUUAUAUCAGAUAACAACAUUUUUUCCUUUUGGAACCUGCAGCCAAAAGCAUGAACCCACUUGCAUUAGAUUACAACACUUACAGACUUUCUUAUAAGUCAUAUUCAAAACAAAACAUAGUUUAUCUUUGAUUUUUUUGAUUAUUAUUUUUUUUUGCAUUUUUGGUUUGCUUGAUUUGCUAUACUUUAUUUCCAAAUUCUGAGACAGGAUGUGUGCCUAUCACAGCUCUUAGCUGCUUUAGCCUUUGUGCGAUGCAUCUGUUUGCUUCCUUGCCCCUUCUUCCUAUGCUUCUUUCUGCUCCAGCCUUCCUAUACCAGGCUGCUGAAAAGACACCCACCCCUCAAAAAAGUCAGCAGAAAUAAGAGUGUGGUGCAGGCCGCCAUCAUUUUUGGCUUUGUGACCAAGUAUCCCUCCAGUAGAGGGCGCUUCAUUCCUUUCACUGACAGGCCGAAAUUUCCUUUCGUUCCAUUAUGCAAAGCAAGUCAAACAAAUUCUUUACAUAAGCUUAACUAAUUACUUGGCUUUUCUCAUGGGGUUGGGGGAAGGAAAUGGCUAGCUUUGCUCCCCAAACUGAAGCCUUGGUCCCCAAAUGUCAGGUGAAAGGAUUUAACUUCUUUUAAAAGUCACGUUUGGCUUGCCUAACAGCAGUUCAUUUUUAUUUGGUUUCACAAUGCAGAAUUCUAAAGCUCUGUUUUAGGCGACAAGCAGUCUUCAUAAGCGUAGGCAGCCACAUGCAUUUAAUGUAUCAUUUACAUGCUCUGAGGUAAUUUAUUUUGUCUCCUUGUAAUCUAUCAUGCUUACUAGCGAUCAGUCUCCGAUUUCCUUUUAUAGGAGAAGAAAAAUGAUGCUUUUUUUCUUUUAAGGCCUCGUCUUUCCCUUUGCAUCUAUGGCUCCAAUCCUAUGCCUGCUUUCCUGGGAGUAAGCUUCCUUGGAACUUGGUGGGAAUUACUUUAGAGUAGAUAUAUGUGGGAUUUACUUUAGAGUAGAUAUAUGUGGGAUAUAAUAAGUCUCACUCUUAUUUAUUAGGUCCUUGGAUUCAAUGAAAGGGUUAUUGUUCUACAUCCCAGACAUUCAGAUGUCUUUUGUGACAAUGAUAGGCAAAGGGAUUUCGGAAAGGCCCUAAAAGUUAUGGCCACAGAUUGAUGUGGCCCAGACCAGGUUGCACAUGUGACUAUCCUGUAAGGCUGAGGUGAUGGUCCAUGUGGUACGAAGUAAAGGUCUAGGUAUGGAUUCUGCUUCCUUGAGUGCCAUGUUUCCACACCAUUAUGAUUGCUUGCCUUUUUGUUGCUGCCCUAAAGUGGAAGUGGGGAAACUGCCCCUCCAGAUAUUGUUUAGACUUCAGCUCCUAUCACCCCCAACCUUUGGGCCAUGGUGGUUGAGUCUGAUGGGAAUUGGAGUUCAACAGCGGCUGGAGGGAACUGAUUCCUCAUCCCUGAUCUUGAGGAAAUAGAGCACCUCAUCUUUCAUACCAGAGGCACUUGCUCUAGUGUAGUACAGUGGUACCUCGGGUUACAUACGCUUCAGGUUACAGACUCCGCUAACCCAGAAAUAUUACCUCAGGUUAAGAACUUUGCUUCAGGAUGAGAACAGAAAUCGCGCGGCGGCAGUGGGAGGCCCCAUUAGCUAAAGUGGUGCUUCAGGUUAAGAACAGUUUCAGGUUAAGAACGGACCUCCAGAAAGAAUUAAGUACGUAACCAGAGGUACCACUGUAUAAGAAAGUAUAGGUUUUGUCAUUGCCACUCAUGGCAAUUAGUUUGGGUCACUAUAAUUGCUUGUCCUAAAGGACAGCAAACUGAGUCUUAAAGACGGACAAAUUUACUACAGCAGCAGCUUUCAUCUCAUUUUAUCAGAUGCAUAAAUGGCAGUCCUAGACGGGCACAUACAUGGUUUGGAACGAGGCCAGGAGGAAUGGAGAGGAAUAUGUAUCUGUAAGAAACAUACGAACUGUGUUUCUUCAGAUUAAUCUCUAAACCUAAGGGAGGAGAAACUCAAUUUUUCUACCCCUUCUGGAUUGAUUUCUUUCUUCUGCAGUAUAAAUGAAUGAUAGGAUCAUAGAAUUGUAGAGUUGGAACGUACCCUGAGAGUCAUCUAGUUCAACCCCUGCAAUGCAGGAAUCUCAACGCAACCAUGACAGAUGGCCAUCCAACCUUUGCUUAAAAACUUCAAAAGAAAGAUACUCCCACCAUCUUCAAAGGGAGUCCGUUCCACUGUUAAACAGCACUUGCAGUCGGAAAGUUCUUCCUGAUGUUUUGUUGGAAUCUCCUUUCUUGUAACUUGAAUUCAUUGGUUUGAGUCCUACCCUCCGGUGCAGGAGAAAACAAGCUUCACCAUCUACCAUGUGACAGCCUUUUAGCUAUUUGAACAUAGCUAUCAUAUCUCCUCCCAGUCUUCUCCUAUCCAGGUUAAACAUACCCAAUACCCAAUUCCCUCAACUGUUCCUCAUAAAGCUUGGUUUCCAGACCCUUUAUCAUCUUGACUUCCUUCCUCUGCACAGGUUCCAGCUUGUCAACAUCCUUCUUAAAUUGUGGUGCCCAGAACUGGCAGGUGUGGUCUGAGCAAGGCAGAAUAGAGUGGUGCUAUUACUUCCAUUGAUUUUGACACUACACUUGACACAGCCUAGAAUAGCAUUGGCUUCCCUCUGCUUUUUUUUUGCUGGUGUGAACUCAUAUUAAGCUUGUGGUCUACUAAGAUCCUGAGAUCCUUUUCACAUGUACCAUUGGUAAGCCAAGUGUCCCCCAUUUUAUAUUUGUGCAGUUGGUUCUUCCUGCUUAAGUGCAGAACCUUACAUUUCUCCCUUCUGAAAUUCAUUUUUUGUUUUGGCCCAGUUCUCCAAUCUGUUAAGGUAUUUAUUUCAUUUCAUUUGAGAAUGGUUUGAUAAUAUGUUUGGAUAUAUCUCAGUAUUACUAGAGUGGCUGGGGCAACCCAGCCAGAUGGGUGGGAUAUAAAUAAUAAAAUUAUUAGUAGUAUUAUUAGUCCUUGAAAGAAUUUAGAUGUAACUAAACCACAGAGCCUAGGGUUUGCCGAUCAGAAGGUCGGCAGUUCGAAUCCCCCGCAACUGGGUGAACUCCCAUUGCUCAGUCCCUGCUCCUGACAACCUAGCAGUUCGAAAGCACAAAGUGCAAGUAGAUAAUAGGUACCGCUCCGGCAGGAAGGUAAACGGGGUUUCCGUGCACUGCUCUGGUUUGCCAGAAGCAGCUUAGUCAGGCUGGCCGCAUGACCCAGAAGCUGUACGCCAGCUCCCUCGGCCAAUAAAGCGAGAUGAGCACCGCAACCCCAGAGUUGUCCACGACUGGACCUAAUGGUCAGGGGUCCCUUUACCUUUAGAUCUUCAUUGAGGCAUUCACUUGAAUGCACAAAGUGCUAAACUGGGAUGCCCCAGCAACAAAAAUUGCAGGCGUGCUGACAUGCACACAUACAAAAAUAAUUUUUUCUUCCUCUAGAUGUCCUUUAAUCAGAAUAUCCCUUCUAUUAGCAUCUUUCCUUAUCUCUAUCAACUUAAAAUCGCCUCUGCAGUUCAGUUAUUGCUGCACGUUUUGAUUUUUAGUUUUAAUACAACCUGCAUGUGCAUUUCUAAUUUUCAUCUUCUUCAGAUAAUUGCUAUGCUGUUUCAUACGUCUGUUAGAAGAAAAGAAUCAGAGCCUGGUCUGUGUUUUUACCCCCCUCCCCCUUCACUCAACUAUUGACGCCAUUUACAUUCAAAGGGAUAUACCUGAAAGUACUUGCAUUGACUCUUUAAAGGGAGCAAUCUUUAUCCAGUCUAGAUUUCAAAAUAAUUGACAACUACAAUAAGUUUUGAAGCGAGGGUGGAACACGUCUUGAAGGGAUGUCUUUAAAAUCUAAAACAUUUGCAUUAGUCAUCUAUCAAAGGUCUUGCAUUAGGGAAUCGACUGCUAGCCUGACUUGUUGAUCACUAGCAGACUCAGAUAUGUUUUGUAUAAUGUGGUUCUGCUUCAUUUGAUCUAAGGCAAAUGACAUAGGACAGACCGACGGUCCAUCUAGCUUAGUAUUUUUCCCAUUGACUGGCAGCUGUUUUCCAGGGUUUCAGAAAGGGAGUGCUUUUUCUAGGACUGCUAAAAAGUGCUGGGGUGCUUGAACCUGGGGAGCUUAACAUGCUCUCCCAUCAUUGAGCCACAUUCCUUGCCUGACCCUAAGUGUUACAUCUUCCUUGCUGCCAGGAGCUUUGCUACCACAUCCUCUGCUUUUAGGCAAAACUGCCUCUGGUGUGUUCUCUCUCUCAGCUGCCACCGAGGAGCAGCCAUUUUGCCUGGCAAUAGCAGAGGGAGAGAUGGGAAGGAGGGACACUCCAUCAGCUCUCUUGACCUUCGGUUCCUCCUUUCCCUCAGCUAUCUCCAUUUGAGCCGAUUCUUUAUAAGAGUUUUGUGGGCAGUAUCCAGUGAACUUGUUCCCUCAGCACAGGGAUUUACCUUCCAUGGUGGGACUUUGCCCCUCUUCUCUGUCUCCCCAGGUGUGCCUUGUUCCCUCCCCUCCAAAAGGUUGGGGAAACUAUGUAACUGGUGUUUUUUUUUGGGGGGGGUGCGUGAUGGUGGAGGUUAACGGGAGUUGUGUUACACAAGUGGAAAUCCUUCCAGUGAUGGAACAAGUUAGUUGGACACUACUCUGUAAUUUGAAAAACGGGUACCCGAGUUUGUUUUCAACUUCCUCCCUCCCCAUGCCCUUUUCUUCUAAGCAUUGUGCCUUUCAGAUUGUAAACCUGAGUACAGGAACUGUCUUUUUAAAAUUAUUAAUUAUUAUUAUUAUUAUUAUUAUUAUUUAAUUUAUUAUUUAUGCCCACUUUGGGCAGCUUACAGCACAUUAAAAAUUGCAAAACAUUAGACAUAAAAAAAUUCCCAAUACAGGGUUGCCUUCAGAUGUUUUUUAAAAGUCAGAUAGUUGUUUAUUUCCUUGACAUUUGAUGGGAGGGAGGGUGCCACUACCAAGAAGACCCACUGCUCUGAAGAGUGGGUUUAUUUUUUAAAAAAUUACACACUUUGAAUAUCUGUGGAAGUGUCUCCACCCCCAUCGUUCUGCCUGAACACUGAGGUCCAGCUCUGAGGGCCUUCUGGUGGUUCUCUCACUGCGAGAAGUGAAAUUGCAGGGAACCGAACAGAGGGCCUUUUCCACCAGAUGUCAAAGAGUUAAACAACUGUAUAAAUUUAGUAGACAUCUGAAGGCAGGCCUGUUUCGGGAAGCUUUUAAUGUUUUAUUCUUAUUUUAUGUUUUGCUUUGUAUUUUUGUUGGGAGCCGCCCAGAGUGACUGGUGCAACCCAGUCAGGUGGGCGGGGUGUAAGAAGACAUAUGUCCCUGUAUACAAGAGAAUGGAAUAGCUGCAGCUUUUUUGACUGCAUGUGGUGCAAGUUGAGAAGGAAACUUCUGUUAAUUCUGAAUGGAUGCAGGCAAGCAGGUGCUGCAGAAGCCAAAUGGUUAAUUCUGAACUUAACACAGGAGUAAUUCUGGGGCUUGGGAAGAAGUUCUCAUCAAUACUACCCUUGUUAAUUCAAAGUAUGUGGUUUUUAGUGCGGCUAUGGAUGUGGUGUGUUAAAAUAACCUCUGUGUGUGUGGGGGGGGGUUUGUUUUUUUUUAGUUUCCUUUACAGAAGAUGAGAAAGAGCAGCUAAGAAAAUUCACCAACAGAACUUUCCUGCUUGAUAAAAGAACCUGUCAUCAAGUAUAUCUGAGCUUAGUUGAUAUACUUCUGGCUUAUUGCUAUGAAGUCUGUGCCGCUGAAGGAGAGAAGAAUGUGAGUUCCUCCCCUCUACUCCCCUGUAUGAAACUUCAGUGAAGUGGAUCUGCUAGAAUAGCUACAGGGAAUUUCUCUGUCAUCUGGGAGGCAGGGCUUUUAAAGCGGACUUUGUUCCUGGCGUUGAAAGCGCAGGAUCGAAAUGCUAUAUCACUAGGGUGGUUUGCCAGGCAGCUGUUUGAAAUUAACAGUCCAAAGUGUGAGGUAUUCUCUUCUCUUGCUCUCUCUCUUGGAUGCUGCUACGGCAACUCUGCUGAGCUGUAUUUAGCAGUAGAGGAAAGGAGGAGGAAAUGAUUUUACAGCUAACAGCUGAGGGAUCUUCAUUGUCCACAUGUUGAAUUAUUUUAUUAUAUUUUUCUUUUGUGGGAGACAGGUUUUCUUGGAUGCUUUCUAGACUCAGGAGCAUUAUUUUGUUGGAAGCAAAGAUUAUUUGUUGAGAAUUACUGUUCUUGAGGCAAGGCACCAAGUCUUCUGUAGCAUAUCCUGGUCUAGUGGUUCUGUGCUUAAGAACAACAUGGGCAUUUCCACUGCCCGUUUGGGGAGAUCUGUUGUGGGCUACCUGGGAACACAAUCUUUGGAGUCAGAGAGCUAGAGGUGCAGGUUUGGGUGGGAGGAGGAUUGAAGAAGCACUAGGACCUAGAAAAUCUGGAUGUGUGUAGACAGGUAAGACUUGGAACAGAGACUCAAGCCAGAGCACUGGCUGAUGGAAAAUGUUCACAGUGCAUAGAGGGUAAGGAGAAAUAAAGGUCCAGAAAUGGACAUGCCACACAUGUUCAGGGAGAUAGUACUGACCUAGGUGCUCCAACUCUAAAUUAUCUCUCCCCCCCACCCCAAAUCAUGGUUCUUUAAUGUCUAACACCAAAAUAUACAGAGGGUGGAGGGGAGAGCAACUGAAGUUGGAUAGUAUCUGCAAAUAUAUGGAGGAGAUCUAAAUGUGCUUUAAUUGAACCAAUAUAUUUUGCAGUUUUCAGUUUCUUAGUUCCUGUGCAAAUGGUUUCUUUUUACAAACACAGUGUUGUGUUCUAAUUUGGUUUCCUGAACUCCUCCUUCUCAGGUUGAGUCUCCAUGGAACAUACGAAAGCUGAGUUCAACUCUGUGCUGGCUGGAGGUAAGAUGAAUUAUAACAAGUUUAUUGAUAGGGCAAUACAUCUUAAACAGAGGCAUAUCUGGAAAAGGUUUACUGCUACCUUUCACCCUAUCCCUUCUGAAGUGGACAUUUCUUCUUAGGUGGGCUUUUUAUUAGUAGUAUUUUAUUGGUUCUCCCAAUGCCAUCUCUACUUGCAACUUCAUUUGUAUUGUUGUACUAUCUUUUAAAACUUUGGGAAUACAACCAGAUUGAAAACAGGGAUUUCCCUUCUUAAGAAGACCUCCCUAGACCAGUUGUAACUACUAUUGUACAGGAGUGAAAAUCCCCUUUGGGGACAAAGGACUUGAGAGGGCGAUUCUGGUUUUAGACCUGGUCAUGACACUGAAACUGCCUUUGUUGCCCUGACUGAUGGCAUUUGCUGGGAGAGAAAGAGUGCGUGUGAGCCUGCUCAUUGUCCUUGAUCUCUCAGCAGCUUUAGAUAGUGUUGACAGUAGUACCCUUCUGGAGUGGCUCUGGAAGUGAUAGAACCAGAGAAUUGAAGAGUUGGGAGGGACCCCAAGGGCUGUUUGGUCCAACCCCCUGCAAUGCAGGAAUCUCAGCUAAAGUGUCCAUGGCAGAUGACCGUCUCCAACCUCUGCUUAAAAACCUCCAAGGAAGGAGAAUCCAAAGCCUCCCAUAGGUGACCAUUCCACCAUCGAAUAGCUCUUACUGUCAUAAAGUUUUUCGGAUGUUUAGUCGGAAUCUCCUUUUGGGCCACUGUAUUACAUUGGUUCUACUCCUACCUUCAAGGCUGUUUCAAGAAAGUAGUCAUCUCACAAACGUCCACCUUGUCAUCUGUACUAUUUACCAUCUUCACUGAAACUGCUGGGAGCUGUCAUCAGGAGAUUUGGAGUGGGGUGUCCUCAGUAUGCAAAUGAUACCCAGCUCCAUCUAUUCAUCCAUCCGAAUUAUGGAAGGCAAUUCAGGUGCUAGACUGCUUGGGCUGGAUGUGGGCCAAUAAAUUGAAGCAGAAUCCUGUUACGUCUUCCAAGUUCUUGGAUUCAAGAGUUUGGGAGAUGGCCUGUCCUGGAAGGAUUAGCCUCAAAUCGAGAUAGCUAGCUACAAAACAGUUAAGAAUAUUUCUCUUAUUAGGCAGUUUGCCCAGAUUUUAAUUUUACUCUUAGUGGAGAAUGGCAAACAUAUUUGCUCUUUCAAAAGGACUCUUAAGGUAUAUUGCUUGUUGAAGCUGCUCCAUUCUCUAAUAUGUUGUUCCUUUUUAAUUUGAAAAGGGUAUUAGGGGAUAGCUGUGUUCUCUUCGAACAACGUAACUGUAGCAUGGGAGUAAGGAAGAGAAUACCUGUAUAAGUUCACCCUAUGAGUAUCGUGCAAAUGUGAAUUAAUCAGAGUCUCUCAUAGGAGUGGACCCAUUUAUGAAUAAAUCCCAAUUGUAAAACUUAAUGGAUGGAAGGUAUUUCUUUUCCUUUUAGGCUGCGGGGAUAUAUUAAUUCCCCGGUUAGAUGACAAGAAGCCUGAUAUUUUAGAUUUCAGGCAUAUUAGUUAACAUAAAAUCAAUAGAGGUCCUUGUGCUGAGAGCAUCAGUCAAGUAAAGCGAAAGUAAGACUCUGCUCAAUAAGAGCUUCCGAUAAUUGCUCUGCCAUCGUGGCCAGAACAGAAGGGGCAGAUGAUUUGCUGCGUUUUACAGGACAUUGGCAAAUAUAUUCCUCCUUGACGUUUUUAGAAUGUUAACUUAAUAGCCUUGCUUAUUUCGGUUAAUCAGGGUAUAUGCCCUGUAGCCUGUUGAACUGUGGGGAUGGUAGUAUGGGGCCUGUAGAUGAGGCUUAGGGGCUUUCCAAUAUGAAACCGAAUGGGAAUUUCAUUGGCAAGACAACACUGCCUGUAAUUUCAUAGGAAAGUAACAACCUGUAACCCGAGGUACCACUGUAAACGUGUUUUCUCCACUAGUAAUUGUGGCCUUUAAAAAUAUUUGUUCCACGCAGAGUUUUACUAGCAUUUCGGAAGUUCUGAUGUCCUUUGGGAGAAGAGUUAUGUGUUAUCCACUCUACCGACACUUCAGUUUAGUGACUCGGGCCUUAAAUGACACCAUUACGAUAUUACAACUUGGUAAGAUAUUAAGUUUUAUCUUUACAGUUUGGCUAUGGCAAAUUAGUUGGGUAUUUGUGUGUGGUGAACACAUUUGUUCACAAAGGCAUAGUUUUAGAUAACUUUACAAGGAGUCUGGGUUUAUUUAUUGGGCAUCUUUUUAGGAAUUUAAUGUAUCAUUUUAUUUCUGUUUAUAAACAUUCUUAAGGCUGCAGUAUUUGCCUAGGAGUAAGUCUUAUUUUUGAGUCAACACGAGCGCGAUUGCAGCGCAAAUCUAUUUUAUACUGAAUUGUCAUAGCCUAAUCAAUCUUUUUAUGGGGACACCAGUGUCGCUGUGGUCUAAACCACUGAGCCUAGGGCUUGCCGAUCGGAAGGUCAGCAGUUCGAAUCCCCGCAACAGGGUGAGCUCCUGUUGCUCCGUCCCAGCACCUGCCAACCUAGCAGUUCAAAAGCACGUCAAAGUGCAAGUAGAUAAAUAGGUACUGCUCCGACGGGAAGGUAAACGGCGUUUCUGUGCACUGCUCUGGAUUCUCCAGAAGCGGCUUAGUCAUGCUAGCCACAUGACCCAGAAAAACUGUUUGCGGACAAACACCGGCUCCCUUGGCCAGUAAAACGAGAUGAGCGCCACAACCCUAGAGUCAUUCACAACUGGACUUAACUAUCAGGGAUCCUUUACCUUUAAUUGAUUUUAAAAGUCAGGUUUAAUUCAGUUAGCUGUUACAUACUGUUUUAUUUUCAGAAGUUAUUUAUGAAAAUAUUUCUAAGCUGCAAUUUCAUUUAAAAAAUCAAAGCACUUUACAACCAGUAUAAUAAAAAUGCAACAGUUAAAACAGAUCACCAUAGUACAUGUCAUGGUAUAUGAUUUGCUUGUUUAAAAAACAAGAAAAAAAGCAAGGCAACCAACCAACCAACUGUUGUCUACGGUGCAGUAGGAUUUGUCCCUGUGUUGAGCCUCAUGAGAUCCUUUGUCUACAGAUAAUCCUGAAUAUACAUUGAAUGGAAAUGUCUCGGACCAUUUGGCUCGUAGCAAAUUCUGACAGUGGGUGAUAAUCCAUUAAGUUUUACUCACAGUAGACCUAUUGAAAUUAAUAAAGAUGACUGUGUCAACUCCAUUAAUUUCAGUAGGUCUCUUCUGAGUAAUGCUUAGUUGAGUGACACCCAGUGUGUUGUUGAAACCCACCUGUAACAAUGAGCAAAGCCUUCUGUUGAAUGAACUAGGUGGAACCAAAAUAUCACUGUACCCCUUUGAGUCUCCCAGUCUCUCUACUCUUCAUAAUGUUCAACUGUGGGUUGUGGGGGUUUUUGUGUUUUUUUUAAGCAUUGUAAAAAGUCAAAAAGGAACUGAUUUAAUUCUUUCCAUACUGGCAAAUGCUUUCCUUUGAUUGUGUAAAGUUACCCAGGAAACCAUUGUUAAGAUGAAAUGUGAUUGGCUCAGUUGAUUGAUUGUUGGAGUUGUGGUUGGAAUUUAAAUAACUUGGGCUUGAGUGUAUAGUUGACAAAAAUGAGGUCUUAACCACGUCCACUUGUACUAUUUCAUUGGAGAAAGGAAGAGUGCGUAGCAUGAUCGAUAAUGAUUUUCCAGAUGCUUUGAGAGAACUUAAUGACACGUUAUUUGACUAAAUAAGUUGGAAGAAUAGUCCUAAUAAUGGUGUGUAAAGAUAAUUACUACAAAUGUAGUAUUAUGUGUGGAAGUGAGUAAUAAUUGGCAUUAAAAUGUCAAUACUCGUGCACUGAAAGCCUGUCGUUUCUAUAAGUAAUGGGUGUAAUCCUGCCCACAUUUAUCUACAAUUAGAGGAAUAAACCACUGACAUUUGCAAUAUGCCCAAGAGUGGACAAAAAUACUUAAAUGAAACCUGUUUUUUAAAAGAAGUUGAGAUCCUAAAAAAAUUACAGAAAAAGAACCUUUCAGUUUUAACACAGACAAAACAAUUCAUCCAGUCCCAAAUACUGAUUUUAAAAGCUUGCAAUAAGGAGGUCUUCAAAGCUUGUUUUAAAGACAGCAUUGUAGGGGACACGCAUACCUUCCUAGGGAGGGUGUUCCAGAAACAUGGGACCACCAUUCUGCAGCUAUGUGGGUUAGAACUUCUUUUUUGAAUGGGAACCUAGCAUUCUUAAGAGUACAAGAAGGCCUCUCUUGGCUACUGAAGGUUAGGACUGUAGUGGUGGUCUGGGGUGAGAAGUGCAAGCAAGAUGGGAUAAAUAUUUUGCAUUAGUCAUGUUAUAGAAACUGCACUUCAGUAUUCUUCAAUGAAAAGGCUCAAGAGGUGUCUGUUGUCUAUCUGUGCUUGGGCUUAGGAUGGGCGUUUGAAUUGACUAACCUAUGAGAAGCAUUCUUGCACGGUAUUGAGAGUGGAUGACCCGACCCUGUAAUCUUCAGGCCAAGUAGCAAACAUGAGUAGCAAAAGCAGUGGCUAUAUGGGAGGCAGUAUGCCUUUCACAGCAGCUCUUGUGCCAGAGCUCUAAAUUACUAUUUAAACUUGGAAUUUUAAAAGUUUCACUGUUGCUAGGGAAACACUACAAAAGAAUCCAGGUCCCUGAGCCUUUUUGUGUGUGUGUGCAGACUUUUGUCUUGGGAACAAAAUAUGUUAGUGCAUUAUGGCUCCGUGUCCUUUGAUCAGCAGGACAUUGACAUGUUAACACUUUUCCUUCCUCUCAUGUCGUGUUAGAUCUAAUUUUAAAAGGCAGCAUGUACAAGCUCGGUUGAAUUUGAUAAGCAUUUGAUUAGCGAGUUAGUAGGACAUGAAAUAUUAAAAUGGCUUUUGACAUAAUUAGUAAACUAGAAGAGAGAGCUGGUGUAAAAAUAGAUUAAUUAAGUAGCUCAGAUGCAUUUUGUGAAUUUUGCAGAUGUUCUUCUGCAACCUGUAUAGCUAAAACAUGCUUUCAGCUACGGUAGGAAGAAUGUAUUUAGUUUGUUUCCACGUGUAAGGAUUCUGUUUGAUCUAGAUAACUAGCAGUGGCAGCUAGACUGGUGACUGGGAGCAGCCGCCGAGACCACAUAACACUGGUCCUGAAAGACCUACAUUGGCUCCCGGUACGUUUCUGAGCACAAUUCAAAGUGUUGGUGCUGUCCUAACAUGCCCUAAAUGGCCUCGGCCCAAUAUACCUGAAGGAGCAUCUCCACCCCCAUCGUUCAGCCCAGACACUGAGGUCCAGCUCUGAGGGCCUUCUGGCGGUUCCCUCCCUGCGAGAAGGGAGGUUUCAGGGAACCAAGCAGAGGGCCUUCUCGGUGGCGGCGCCCACCUUGUGGAACGCCCUCCCACCAGAUGUCAAGGAAAUAAACAACUACUGUUCCUGACUUUUAGAAGACAUCUGAAGGCAGCCCUGUUUAGGGAAGUUUUUAAUGACUGAUGUUUUAAUGUAUUUUUUAUAUUUUGUUGGACGCUGCCCAGAGUGGCUAGGGAAACCCAGCCAGAUGGGCAGGGUUUAAAUGAAUUACUACUACUACUACUACUACUACUACUACUACUACGUUUGAUAAAAGUAGGUGAUGUAUGUGUUCUGGCUCACUUUCCCAUUCUCCCUAGGUUCUUUGUAUAUCUAUGCACUAGAUCCAAAUCCAUCUUCUACGAAGCAAAUCCCAUUUAUUUUAAAGGAGCUUGCUGCCUUGAAAUACUGAUUGGCUUAGGAUGCCAGGCCUGGUUCAUGAGCUUUCGUAACAGGAAAUGAAAUCUUAGGUGUGUUUAUUGUUCAGGCAACAAAAUAUUAAAAUGUGUUUUGAGUUCCAACAGUUUACUAAAAGGGACAUACCAGCAGCAUUUGAUCUUGGCUGAACAUUUGGUUCAAACUCCUGAUCCCAGAGAUGGAACGUAUCCAACCUGAAAACAUACCUCACUUGUUGCAUGACUUUGUGUAGCUACCUGCCUGGCAAUUCACCUCAAGCGUUUGGUAUCUUACUUCUUAAAAUGUGUUGAUACCAAGCUGGUGGUUUUGUCCUGAUAUCUUUUUAGAAUACAGUGGUACCUCGGGUUAAGUACUUAAUUUGUUCCUGAGGUCCGUUCUUAACCUGAAACUGUUCUUAACCUGAAGCACCACUUUAGCUAAUGGGGCCUCCUGCUGCCGCCGCGCCGCCAGAGCGCAAUUUCUGUUCUCAUCCUGAAGCAAAGUUCUUAACCCGAGGUACUAUUUCUGGGUUAGCGGCGUCUGUAACCUGAAGCGUAUGUAACCCGAGGUACCACUGUACAUCCUGUCUUGGCAUAGCCAACAGGCUCCCAGCAGCACAGCCAGUGGAUGGGAAUUGUAGGAGUUGUAGCCUAACAACGUUUGGAACAUUCAUGUUGGUUGCCAAUCUUCUUAAUCGCAAAGUCACUCUCUCUGAAUCCUUCUUUAGCUAGAGCAACAUCUGCGCACAAGAGGAGUGGAUCACCAGGCUUGGAUGAACCUCAGUGUUUGCAAAAGUACAAAAAUAUUUAGAGAGAAAAACAUCCAGGGCGAAGGCGCACCAAAAGAGGACUGCGCAUUCUCAGUAGGAGAGGGGCCUCUGAGGCGGGGGGACGGAAUCUCUCUGCACCACAGUGCUGAUUUGGAACCGGGGUGGUGGGUGGAGAGAUACGUUUGCAUUUUUGUUAGAGACGUGUGGUAGGUUCUGGCUGCAUUUUAAAAACAGCCUGUUUAACUUGCAGUGUCUAAGGCCCAAACCUAGCUAAGGUUUGCUGUAAUGGUGCACUGCAUCGCUUUCAACGGGGUUUAAUCCCCAUGAUCUGUAUCUUUACUGGGCUAGAAGCUAUUUGGACUAGCCUCAGCAUCACUGCAAAGGCACAUGAGGCAUUAACUCUGCUUAAAUCGAGCAGUUCUGGGUCUGGCCAGUACCUAGAUGGGAGGCAGUCUGGGAACCUGUUCUACAGCCUUCAGAAAAGCAGGAUGUUUCUACAAGUAAACAAAUAAAUCUCCCUGUUGGAAAGGAUCUUGUACGAAAGACUAGGGGUUGUGUUCAGCUAACUUCUGCUUGUAGGAGACCCUUUGAAAUUGAUGGCCCAUAAUGUUAAUUAUGGCCAAUAAUUUCAGCUGAGUAAAUGAGGGCUGAAUGCAGCCCUAGAGCACAAAGUCGUGAUCAGCCAUGUUUUUAGUAUAUCGGUAUCUGAAUAGUCUUGUUCCUCCAGAUUCUGCUAACGGCUGUUUUAGAUGCCUCUUUGGCAAUGUAUCUGAAAAACCAUAACUUCAAGCAGUGUGUCUAAUUAGGAAUAAUGCCUAUGAUUAAAACAAUUACUUUUUCUCAUGUAUGUAGGCCAAAUUUUGAUUUCCACAACUUUCCAGCAGUAAGCUUUAGGGUGGAGAGGAGGGCAGGCAUAAUAGCUCUAAUCCAAUGGAGAGCAAAGUUUUCUCGUUAGUUCUUAGGCCCGUAAUUGACUUGCAGCUUUGUGCAUGUGUUCUCUCACUAGCUUGCUUCUUCCCCACGCUGCAGGGAGCAGGGAGCCCUGGACUUUGUUUUAUAGCACAUUCCUUCUCUGCAAACCUUUUACCUAUUCUGUUCCGUUUCAAUCUCUCCCAGCUGGAGAUAUUCCAAGUCAUGGGAUCUUUGACAGCAGAGGGAGUUUUGAGUCGAAUACAACCAAGGAGCAUUUGAUUUGUCACAUCGCCCAUUACUUAUCCCUUUCAGACUCUGAUGUGGAGUUACAAGGGAGAACAAGGCUCAAAGUCUUUGAAAGCUGCCACCCUACCCCUCUUUCAUUCAGGUGCUUAUGCUGACAAAUCGUAGGUUUGUAUUCUCCCCACCGGCCCAUGAGCAUUUCAUGAUAUAUUUGAACUUUUAGCAUUGCUUUUUGCGGAAGAAAAAUCCUCUGGAGAACAGGAAGUGAUGGUGGAGAAGUGGGUUGAAGCUGUUCAGUGCAGAGGUCUCGUGCUUCAGAAAUCAAUUUAACGUUGCUGUAUAACUGGGCUCUCAUUCACUUUAAAAGCUUGCUUCGUUUUUCUGCACACAGGAGUCUUGAGAUGGUGCCUUACCUGUAAUAGCAGCAGUCUGCCAAAUUGCAGGAACUGGUCUUGUUUGUUACCUUAUGAGAAACUGAGCAUUUCAUUAAUAUCUAGGCACCUGUGCUGACAUUCAAAAAAACCCUCAAAACAAGAUGUAGCCUUUACUCUCAAUGUGUAAUGGAAAAACCAAGUUUCUAUUCUCUUGCCCCUUUAAGGCAGGACUGGGGAGCUUUUUUCAGACUGACGGCCACAUUGUCAUCUGGGCAACUUUCUGGGGGACCAUCUGCCAAUGGUACCAAGAGUGGAUGUGGCCAGAGGCAAUUUUUUCCUUUGUACAGUGGGCUAGUAUUGGCACACACUUGCAUAUGUACACAGCCAAGAAUUCAAGGGCAUAUUCCAGCCAGGCAAAAAUACUCGAGGGCAAGAAGUAAGCCUCCUGUGGGAGAACAAAUGGGGAUGGGUGUGUGUGUGUGAAAACGCUGCCUUGACAGGAGAACCUUGUACCAUGUAACUUUGAGGAAGACUAUCUUCAACCAAACCACAUAGUACAUUUAAUUGUUUUACACCCCGCAAGGACUAUUAUUACUGGAUGAAGAUUUACCUUUGAGUACCAUUUUGAGGUUUCGCCUCUUCUUUUGCUUCCUUCAGUUCCUAAACGAGCCACCUUCAAACCAGAGGUUGUUUUAAACCACUAUUUCAAGUGUUUUUGCAUUAUGUGUGAACCAGCCUGCUAAAGUUUUGCUCUUCUUCCUUAAUCCUGACAUGUAAACAGGGGUUUUACUAUGCUGGCAAUCUGCAAUCUUCUCAGGUUGUCAUGAACCACUGAUUUAUCCUAAAGGGAUAAUUUGCUGCAACUAAUAGCAUGUUACUGAUAAGGUGUUCAGUCAACUUCCAUCCAAAUUUUCAAGUAGGAGAGUUUUAUAAGGACUGGCUGGUGGGGAUAAAAAAUGUAAAUGUGUUCAUAUGGUUUCCUCUCUUACAGGCAAAAGUGCAGUUCUGAAGUGUCUGUUAGAUAUUCACAAGAUUUUUCGAGAAAAUGAUCCUGCAUAUAUUCUUAAUGACCUUUAUAUCACAGAUUACUGCGUUUGGAUUCAAAAAGCCAAGUAAGUUUUAUGUCUUGUCAUUCUCUUGAUGAAAGCAUUUUGGUAUGAUUGAUCCGGUAUUCAAAUUCCUUAUUGCAAAUGGCACUGUUUUCUUGGAAGGCAAAAGCAGAAACUUUUAAUUGAAUUCUACAUUGAUGAUAAGAUUUGCUUUCUUCAGACAAGUUGUAUAUGCACACACAUACAACACACACAAAAGUAGGCUGCGAGUGUUAAAAAAAUUCCUGUGUUGUGACAAUUUUGAGAACCAGGAAAAUGGCUUAACUAUGUUAAAGUAAAAUUACUAAGCAGCGUUUUGCAGAGUACAAUAAAAACUCAUUCAGCUGAGGAGAUAUAUUGUAGGCUUUUCAUAUUGUGUACCAAAGAACUCCCAAAUUCUGACAAAAAAAAGAUUACGCAGUGUCUUUAUUUUGCAUAAAGGCACCUAAUCUGUAGGCAUUUAUUCUGAAUCAAAAAUCUUGAUUGCUUGCAAAUCUGGAAGCAAAAGAGUAUUGUGGCAGAAAGGAAAGGCAUAGCUAAAUAUGGAUAAGCAUAUUUGUGCUGAGGGUAAGUAAAAGUGUUUGAAAAAAUGAUGGAAGGGAUAUGCUUGAACUAUGGGGUCUUUUGCAAGUCUUGUCUCCAUGGUUUCAAAUAUAAUUGCCACCACUGGGCUUUGAAUCUUUUUCUCACUGAGAAUAAUGAAUUAUUGUUGUUAUUAUUAUUAUUAAAAUGUGUAUACCACCCUUCAUCAGAAGAUCACAGGGCAGUUCACAACAUAAAAAUACAAAAUGAGAACACAAAAUAUAUAAUCUUCUACAUCCAAUCUCUCUUACUGAGUAGUGUUCUCACUUUCUAGUUUACUGUCUAAAUAGUUGCAAUCAACAAACUAAUAAUAAGUUGGUUGUCCUUCCUCCUGAUUACAUCUAAAUCACACUAAGGCAAACAUCAGAUUAUAUAAAGUUUAAUUCAUGUUAUGAAAUGUAGAACCAUAUCUUAGAAAGCUUGUGCCUUAGAGCAGUGGUUCCCAACUGGGAUAGAGAUAUCAACAUUUCCAAAAGUAAAGGGUCCAUGGCUUGGCUUUUGAAAAACAGGGGGUCUGCAGCACUUAGCUUAUUGGGAACCACGGCUUUAGAGCAUGCCCACCAGAGGUGUAAUAAACCAGCUUUAACUAAAUUGCAUUCCAAAUGGAAGCAUUUAGAAGAAAUAGUCUCUGAAGAGUUGAGUACUAUUGAUGGAUUAGUUGCAGCUGAGUGUCCCAAGUUUUGGUGUAAAGAGAACUUACACUUCAAGUUUUCUAAUUUGAGACGUUUUCUGAUAAUAGAAAUAGUCAUCUGGUCUACUGACUGACUUCUAUACCUGCUAACCAGCAGAAAUGGUGGAAUUAGAUGGUGCUUUUUGCUACCACUACAAGACUUGUCAGAAGUCCCUGAGCAUUUGGAAUGACUCUGUGUGGCAAAAUUGGAGGUGUGGAGAUAAAAGUAAUUGCCUGCGUAGAGAAACUUUGUUUUAAUGAUAUGGUGGUGGUAAAACUGCUUCGAGGUUUUAUUUAGAAUUAAGCAAUAUAUAAAUUUUGUUAAAUAAUGUAUAAUAAAAUACUGUUUGGCAUACAUAUUUAACUGCGUAAAGAAGAAAACCCUUGUCUUUUGCUCCAGGCUAGAGUCAAAUAAUAUAUACAUAGUACAUAGCAUAUGAAUUCUGCUGGCAGCCUGCCAUUUGGCAGUCAAACUGUCACAGUUGCCCACUGUUUAUAAGGUUACAGCGAUGUGCAGGCAAGGUUUCAACUUUUAUGUAUGGGGCAGUAGCAUCUAAGUAGUCAGUUUUGUUGUUUAGUCAUGUCCGACUCUUCGUGACCCCAUGGACCAGAGCACGCCAGGCACUCCUGUCUUCCACUGCCUCCCGCAGUUUGGUCAAACUCAUGUUAGUAGCUUCGAAGACACUAUCCAAUCAUCUCGUCCUCUGUUGUCCCCUUCUCCUUGUGCCCUCCAUCUUUCCCAACAUCCAGGGCCUUUUCCAGGAAGUCUUCUCUUCUCAUGAGGUGGCCAAAAUAUUGGAGCCUCAGCUUCAGGAUCUGUCCUUCCAGUGAGAACUCAGGGCUGAUUUUCUUAAGAAUGGAUAGGUUUGAUCUUCUUGCAGUCCGUGGGACUCUCAAGUCUCCUCCAGCACCAUAAUUCAAAUGCAUCAAUUCUUUGGCGAUCAGCCUUCUUUAUGGUCCAGCUCUCACUUCUAUAGCGGACAUUCCAUUCAAAUCUAUUGGCCCAUAAUUAUAGGUUUUGAAUCUAGCAGAAACAUGUUGAUUGGUUGGAGGUCCUGGCUGAAGGAUAUAUAAAGCUAAGCUCAGUGCUGUUUCAGAGCCAGUUGGGCAGUCUGAGGAAAUGUUAAGGAAGCCUGGAGUGAGAACCUGAAGCAGCAGCAUACCUGAAGAGUAUGGGAUCAGCUAGAGGCUGAAAUCAUGGAAGACAGAAGCGAGGAAGCUCUGCAAGAGAGGAGUUGGAAGGCUCCCAGCAACAGCUUUGGGGUAUAACUGAGGACAGUGUGGCUGUAGCUGUCAGCUGACUGCAGGAAGCAGCGAGUUCCUGACUCUGUAAGGCUGUGAACCCUGUCCAGAAGGAAGAUGUCAAGUAAAGCUUGUUGAACAAGCCUGUGAGUUUACUGAGGUGGACUUAUGAAGGGCAGCUGGUUAUGGUUAUCUGUGUGGCUGCAGAAACUAAAACAAGCAUCCAGACAUCUUAAAUCAACACCAUUAAGCAACAAUAACAUCAACUACUGAACCAAGUCUAAUAACCUAGCUGUAAGGAAACAUAUAUUAUAAGUAAGAUUUAUUAAUUAUCUUACCUUCAGCUUUUAACUACAAAUCUCUGUUUGUUCCAUGCCAAUACCCAGCUACGAUAUGUUUGAAGGAUAAAAGGUGAAUGAAAGUAUUGAAAUACAUGGUAUUAGUGGAACUAAAAAGGAGAUUAAGAGGGCAGGUAAUUUAUCAUGGUGACACAACUGGUGGAAUGAGAAAAUGCCAGGACUACAGUUUCUGGCUAAGUGGAGAGGGUGGUGGGAUAGUAAAUAGUAGUGGGGUGUUUUUCUUAAUAAUUAAAAAACCCAGUUGGAUCCAGUAAAUUUUUGUCCCCUGUAUGCUAAGUUGUAUCCCUGUGGCAGUACUAAUUCAUAUCCUUUCCAGUUACUUUGGGUAUUGCUUGCUGUGGUAAAACAUGAGCAAAGAUUACCGUAUUUACGCCAAUCUAAUGCUCCAUUGAAUCUAACGCCCACCUCAGUUUUCAAAACCAAAAAAGUAUUUCCUGGCCAAUGUAAAUGCGCCAUCAAAUCUACUAAUGUGUACCCUAAUUUUCAUGACGUGAUUUGGCCCCCCAAAAAGUGUGCAUUACUUUUGAGUCAAUAUGGUAAUAUCCCCCCUGGAAAACAUCCUUAAGUCUGAGACACGGCAUGUGGCUAAUCUCUUCUCUUCUCUUCUCUUCUCUUCUCUUCUCUUCUCUUCUCUUCUCUUCUCUUCUCUUCUCGGCUCCUCCCUUCAACUUAUUUCAAGAAAGCAUUUGGCAGUAUCAGACUCAGCAUAUGCUGCACCAUAAAGCAAAUACUGCAUGCCCAGUAAUUUUCUAAUAGUUAUUGCUUUAAUUAUUCCCUUAUAUGCAUUCCACAUAAACCAUUCUAUUUGUAUGCAGUGCAGCAAUUAGGGGUGGGUGAGCCAUAUUGCACAAAUCUGCAAAACACGAAAGGGGGAAGCUGUUAAUAGGCUCUCCCAGGUUGCAGCGGAUACAUAGAGAGCAGCAGAGGCAGCUCAUACAGGCAUCUCGGCAGGUGUCGUCAACAUUUUAUGUUGAAAAGCCAGAUGCGGCCAGAUGGAAAAUUGCAUCUUUAACCCCUGAGGUCAUGCAGCGUGUCACCACUUUGCUUGAUCCUCCUGCUAAGCGAGCUUAUAACAUCCCCUGCUGUCAACCUUGUUACUGCUUUAGUUUUCACAAUAGAAUUAAAAUUAAUUUGUCAGGGGUUUUUCCCUCCCUUUUUUUUGGUCAAGUAUUUAGGAAGUGGCACUAAAUGCUGCUUUGGGAAUGCUGGACAUCUGUCAUAGAUAAAGAAAAUCCAGCCCUUCCGUUAAGUGCUUGGUUUUUAUUCCCCCUCUCCCUUCUCAUUACUUACAUAAAUUUGUUGGGCCUCUGGAAUCCCUCUUGAGUUAUGAAAAUCUUUGAAAGGCGGCAGGUAUGCUAUAUAACAGACAAGCUGCAAAAAAAUAGAGGUGAGGGUGCAGAGGCUGGCUUUUCAUUUGCUUUGGAUCAAGAAGACCACCAAAGCUGGUGCAGUGAAAGCCUUCCAGUUUCUUUCCCUCUGGAGUGAUUUAAGAUGACCUGGUCCCUCGCUGAAGGAAAACCGUAUUCCUUAGUCUAGCUCUCAUGCUCCAGGACAGAAACAUAUCUCUCUUUUCCUGAUCAGUGAGAAGAGUGCACUGACUUAAACCUUCAAAGUGGCUUUCUCUUUCUUUAUGGUAAUAAUGAAAUUCUAAUAUGGCGUGGAACUAGUCUUAUCUCUCAUGACGGCUGGUUACAUCAAUCCAGUGCAUGUGUCAUGUUUAUUGUUCAUAGACCAUAGACCAGCCUGGGACCGUGUCCUUCCUCUCUUCCCUUCCCUUCACUUCCUUGCCUUCACUAUUAUUUAGAAGUAUAUGUCUCUGUUGUUAAUCUAGGGUGAAAUGGGACGUCGGACCCUGUUUGAGAGGAAGCACAACUAGUGUUUUCCAUGGUUAGCUUUGGGGUCCAUGUAAUACUAAAAUUCAGGCAGGGAAGGGAAUGGGCCAUUGGAUUUUAUCUUGGCAGAGGCGGAAGAAACAUGUCUUCCCAAGGCUGGCUCCGUGUUUUCCCUUGGCUAGAUCUGGACCUUUUCACUUUCAGUCUAGGUUUGUCUGCGUAAAACUACAUAGCUUUCAGUAUAGGUUGUUUCACUCAAAAUAACGGCCAUGUAGUGACUCUCUUAUUUGAAGUCAUGAAUGUAGACUUAGGAUCUUUUCUUCACAUGUGUCUUCACGCACAGUAUAUUUUGUGAAUGUGUGCACCAAAGGCGAUUUAGUGAUUUGCAUGAAAUCCUUUUGAGUAUGCCCUUGGUGAUGCCUCUGACUGUGUCACUUUUGCAGCAGCCCCAGAGUGUCGGUUUGCCUCUGAGUGACAGAUAUGCUUCGGAUAUAGUGCAAUCCACGAAGGCCUCAGCUUUAUCCCGUGAUGGCUUUGCAGCGGCAGCUCAGCCCUCCAUGACCCAAAGGCUCAAUUAUUGUAAUUCCCUCUUAGCGCAGCUUACAAGCAGAACAUCGCUGUAGCUGGCAGCACUUUCAGGACGUCGCAUCACAUCUGCUUAUGCCUUGGAGAAGACAUGCUGUGUUAAGCUUGUCCUUUAUUUAUUGCUUGGGUGGCCUUUGGUCAUGGAUAGGGUAGUUUUCAAAGCCCCUGGCUGAUAGAAGGCAUUGUUGCCUUUUUCAUCUGCCUAGCAAUUGUCCUUAAGAGUGUGUUGUUAAGCUUGUGUUCUACCUGACUUACUAGUGUACAAAGGGGCCUAGGUAAGUGAAUUUCUAGGUUUCUGUGGUGGGGUUUCUCUAAAGCUAUCUAUGAGAGCCAGUGGCCAGAGCAUUGGUCUUGGGUCAGGAAGACCCAGAUUCAAAACCCUUCUCAGCCAUGAAGUUAACUGAGUGACUUUUGGCCACUCUGUUGACAUGAUCUGAUCAGGGCUGUUAUCCAGGCGGAUUUGGAAAGAAUCCUGUCUGAAAGGGAAGGAAAGCUGGCUACAUCCACAUGUCACAAUAAGCUGGAGUUUGUAGUUUAUCCCGAUUUAUUGUGCAUGAGCAGAAUGUAUGCUGCCCAGUUUGCUCUUGCUUUACUCCUCCCUGAGGCAUACAGAAGAAAUGAACAAUGAAGUUGUGGUUAAGCUCAACUUCCCACUAGCUCUGAGCCCGGGGUUCUAAACAAGCCAGCCACAAACCAUGGUUUUAAGGUUGAAUAGUGAUCGGGAUAGGGAGAAACAAACCACAGUCAUGGAUUCUGAUGAAAUGGCAAAUCAAGGGUGAAUAAUGUUCUUUGGUUGUUAUUUUUCUACUCCUUGGUAGACCAAAUGCAGGCCUGCGAAGAGGGAGGGGCAGCAGGGUAUACUGGCCUUGGGCCUCAGAGGGCUAAGCCAGCUGGGGGACCCUGCCAGGGGCAUGCCAAACUUAUGCUGUCAUGCCUAGAACAAGACUCCUGCCCUGAGCCCCAGACAAGCUCUGCGUGGGCCUGUCCCAAAUAUGAGAGGUUAGUGGGACAGCUUGCCUAAUCGGUCACUUGAUGUCAUCUUGUAUGAGAUCAGGUGUUGGCUGGGUGGGAAUGGCUUCCUUGAAACAGCCUUGCAGGCCAUAUUGGGAGGUUUGGCUGGCCAGGUUUUGUUUGUGAGCCAGAGGUCCACUCAUACAUAAUUUUAUUUGUCUGCCUCCUUUCCAUAAUUCAAACCGUGCUCAAGACGGCUUACGACAUGGAAAAAUACACAAUACGGUGUAACAAUUGCAAGUAGUUUCAAACAAUAAACAAAACAUAAAAAUGCCCAACCAAACAGAACAAUUUCCACAUAAUCACAACAAGAUCUCAAAUAAAGAUACAAAAAGCCAACAGCAGCAACCACCCCAUCACACCCAAACAGCACCCUAGCCCAAGAGCAGCCUCAGCUUUUGUAGCUGGAGUCAGUCAGGGCCCCACCCUCCCAGGCCAGGUAGCAAAGGCUUGCAAGGCAGGGAGAAGGUCCCACAGGACUCACAGCCAAGGUGGUCCAAAUUUCACUCUGGCUUUCUGGAGUGUUUAUCACCCACCUCUAGAUCAAGCCUUGAAACAACUUAAGCACUUUUGCAUAGGGUUGCAGCCAGUGUUGGUCCUACUCAGAGCAGACCCAUUGAAAUGAAUGGGCAUGACUAACUUCGUUCCAAUAAUUGUUACGGGUCUACUGUAGGUACUGUACAACUUAGCUGAAUAUAAUACCCCCCUUUUAAAUGCCCUAUCCCGACCUAUCCAUAUUCCAACCACAUUUCUUUCCCUUUUUAGUUUCCCUUUCUAUCCUGAAGUACAAUGCACCAUAUCUACACCCUGUCACCAUAAUAUAUAUGUAAAAGCAGCAACUGCACCAAGAGCAUUUUGUGAGUAACGGAGGCUGUGUACAACAGCGCACAGGCUUUGAACAACAAUAGAGUUUGCCCUGCAGGCUGGAAGGAGUGACAGACGAGUCUAGGAUUCCAGAAAGUGCCCUUUAUUAUGUGCUUUAGCAACCCUGUAUGACAUGGCUUUUAAAGGGGGUAGAUGGGAGGGUUUAAGCUCCCUUCCCAGCUGUUGGCUCACAUUUUCCUUUUGAUGCUCCAUCUCUCUCCUCUUCCUUCCCCGCUGCUCAUUCCAUCAUCUUCCCCCCUCCCCACAGUUCCUCUUCCUUGCGGCUGUGUCUGAGCGAUGCACCUUGCCACAGGUAGAGAGAGGGGAUGCAAGCAAAGCUCUUCACUCCCUUUGGGUUCUCGCUUUGAUUUCUCUGAAGUUGCGGGGCAGGCAGCCGUUUGCUAUCAGCUUGCAGAAAGGGGGGUCAGCGAUUUGUGUCAUCUCUCUUCAGUCAGCACUUCUCCGCUGUUUCCUUCUGUUUUGACUACAGGGACGACAUGUAGCCUGUGUAGCUGCUGCCUUUUUAAGCAGGUGCGGCUUGCAGCUGUGAUCAAAGAGGGGAAGCUUCUCUCCAUGCAAAUAGCAUCUUUCUGUUCUGUUCGCAGCCUUGUCAGUAGCUGACACCCUUUGGCAGCAAUUCUACUAUCAGCCGCUUAACUGGGGUGAGCAGAAACGGAAAGGAAGGGCAAAUGUUCCUUUCUCACGGUCCUUUUGAUGUUAUAUUGAAAUGAUAAUCUUCUAGUGGGGAACGGGGAUUUUGUGCCUCCACUGUCAGCUCUUUCUACAAGGAUUCCCCAUGCUGCCACGAGUCGCUGUAAGCUAAUGCCCGGGACUUGAGACAGCCUGCGGACGCCCAGAGGAACGACCGUGCGAUAAUAUAUUACGAUAGACAGGUUUAUGUCACUGGAUGAGAGAGAACGGGGAAGAACCUCCUGCCAUUUGUCAUUUUGUAGGACUCCGUUUUGUAAACCCAAAAAGAUCAAGAUUAUGCCAGGUUCGUGGAACAGAAAAAAUACAUUUUUUGUUGUGGCUUCUCCUCCACCCUUUCCCAGUUACCUACCAUGAAUGUCAGGGCAUCAGUUACGGGAGCACAGCUACAAUUUAAAUCAUGGUCAGUCCUAGAAAGAAAAUAAGUUUUCUUAUAUUUCAUCAGCUGACAUGCAAGCCCCAAUCUUGUGUGUCAUUUUGACGUGAUUCUUUGUCCAGAAUCUACUUCAGUGCCCCUGCUGGCCAGUAUUUUUUAUGGAAAGGAAUUUGCAAAAGUCUCAAUGGGAUGAUGGUGGCAAUUUGAACUUCCCCUCUGUCUGAACAGAAUCGGAGCCUCCUGCUCAUUUCUCCCGACCUCUCCACUUAAAAGGGAGCCUAAGUCAGAUGAUGAGUUAGCUCUUACUGCUUAGUCUGUCGUGACACAUACCUGUGAACAUAUGCCUGAGAAUCUAGCGCUUGUUCUCAUACAUGUGCUGAUAGGAAAGAUGUGGAAUAUGCUUGGGAAGUUCAUGUAUCUUAUAAGGGUCUGUGUGUGUCUGCACACAUGCACAUAGAUCCUACAUGCCCACUUAACGGUCAUGCUGGAUGUGAUGCUCAAUCCAAUUUAAAGUAGAGAGUGGGAUUUAAAGUGCAGCACUUUAAAACUGGAAGAGGCUGAAAGUGACUCUCACUUGGAGGAAAAGAACAGUUUUAGUAGUGUUGCUCUUUAAAUCUCUCCCCACCUUUCCACUUCCUAGAGAAUUGGUGGGACCUGGCUUAGGCCUUGCUGCUGUCACAACUUAAUUGCACCCUUGGUUAGAUGGAACACUAUUCCAAAACAAAAUUUAUUCCCGAAACCAAUGCUCAUAACUGCAGUUUAAUUAGAGUUUGUACUUUUUGUGUGCAUGUGCAUUGAAUGAGUCAUCUGUUUCGUUAUUAAUAUUUUUCUCCUGCACGGCUGAAGCAUGAGACGUGCUUUUUCUGGCUCAGGUGGAGGGUCCGUCUAGUCCAGCACUCUCCUUCCAGCAGUGGUCAGCCCACUGCCAGGAAACAGCAUCACUGCCGCUGCAUCCUUUGAUUGGCUGCCAGGCUUUUGACUUCGUUGACAAUUUGGGGAGGGGGGCACUAUCAAGCCAUUUCCAAAGCCCAAGUAAAAGCCUGCCUUUCUCUCAAAACUGGAGUGGUAUGGUUUCUUUAAAAGAAAAAUCAUUUAAUAUUCCAGGUCCCUCUCCCACUCAGCUCCUCUUCAUAGCACACAUCUGUGUGGACUAUAAAUUCUCAGCGGGUGUGUUUACUUUAAGAGAUUUCCUGUCCAGAUUAUGAAAAUAAAUGCCACACCUUAGCAUUUUAUCCUCCUUUAGCAUCUUGUGUAGAUGCUUUACUUGAAGUGAGCCUCUGAAGUUCUGCACAUUCGGAGUUAAUGGAGGAAGAGAUGAUGUUCAGUCCCUAAUCAGACUUUUGGCACCACUACCUGCAUGGGGACAUCCCUUCCCUCUCCCUUCCUCCUUCUCAUUCAUUCUCUUUUUUAUAUUCAGCCCCCCCCCCCCCCCAGCUAGCCAGUCUCCCUCUGGGACCUCCAGCCUCUGCUUGCCUCCAGCCUUUUCACUCCUCCCUUCAUUCAUUCAUCCAUCUAAGAAUUCUCUCUCGCCCUCUACGCAAAGGUUGCUUCAGCCAGUCAGCCUGCUGCGCUCCAGCCUUCCUCCUGCCUGGCGCUGUGCUCACUUUGCUGCAAGGAGAAAAGCCAGCGGUGCUGUAUCAAAGCCCUACCAUAUCUGCAGCUGCAGAGAGGGCCAGCGCUACUGAAUGGAGGGAAAUGGCAGAGAGGCAGAUAUUCCUCUGUCCAUGGGCUCACACCCUGGGGGGUGAAUCAUGAAGGGCUGCUCAGUUUACUGUUGUUGUAGCUCUCGCAGCCAGACUCCUCCCCCCUUUAAAACUGCAAAACGUGGGGGUGAUGGACUGUAUUUGGCUUUGGAAUUGGCAUUUUAAACAUUUUUUUUUUUAAUGUUUUAAGAAAAAUAUAUCACGUGUUUCAUUUGAAGUAAGAUCUGCCUCGGAAAGAAUGUGAUGUCCUGUUGUUUUCUGCUGCCCUUAGUGAGGGGUGGGAGGAGUGUCCCUGUCACAGUAUGCUGAAGAAAAGUGGAUUUUUCCUCUUCCAUGGGCUCGCUGUCACUUUAGCUCACAGAGAAGGAGAAAAUUGGCUUCCAGUGUGAACCCAGACAUUUCAUUUUUAGACCAUAACAAUAGGUUCCUCUGAAAUAUUCUCAUUCCUGUUUACACACCCAAGUUCACUUCUAGCGUUCAUUUGCACCUUGUCCUUUCCUGCUACCAGUAUCUCUUCAUCUUACCAACUCAAGGAAAGUGGGGGGGAACUAUAAUUGGGAUAAAUGUCGUUUAUUCAUAGUCCGUACAGGAAUCUUGUAUGCUCAGCUACCUCCUUGGGCGCUCUACUCUGUUACUGCUUCUUUUUUCCUUGCAAUACCUCUUGUGUACAGUGUGGAAUGGGCCGUGUCAUUGUUUUGACAGCUGAUAACCACCAGAGGAGGUUUUGCAUCUACUGUGUUGCUUGUUAUCCUGCCCUGUUGAGGAACUGUCAUUUGCCCCAAGAUGCGCUAGUAAUUUAAUUCCGGCUUCCUGUAUGUAAGUAAUGCUAUUUGCAAUGCACUGCCGUAGCCUGCAUCCCCCCCUUCUGCUUCUGAUAAGGCUGUGGAUGUUUUUUUUUUUUUUAAAAAAAAUACCAUCUCCCAAAACCGGAAGAGCCAGGUCCAUUAAUUGGGCCAUUUCAAUAUCCGCACCUUCUGUUUCCUGCUACUCUUUCCACUUGCUGAUUAGCUUCUGUCGAAAGGAAUGUUUGGCGGGCCUCUCUCUCUCUCUCUCUCUCUUUCUUUCUCUCUUUCUUGUACUGGCUUUGACAAACACUAGAAAGUGAAUGUGCAUAUUUGACGGAUGCAUCCUUUGCAUCAGAUGUCAAGUACUUGGAGCUCUGCACUGCUUGAGCUGCAGCCUUUCCAGCGCUCUCCAGCUGAACAGCCUCAUGAUGAGCCUCUCGGCGUGAGGAGAGCUCUCCAGGGAAUGGCCUUGGUGCAUGAGGCGCACAGUAGCGUGUGGGGAAGCCACUCGCCACUUGUUCUCUCCAGGGGUGCCUUGACAGGUGUUUUCAUGAAGCGUUGUGGCCAAGCUGCUUUGCCACAUUGGAGAUGGGAAGUGGGUCCCGACAGCCAGGCUGAUUCAAAUCGCCGAUAGCAUUUGGUGCAAGGCCUUCUGGAUCCCCUGCUUUCUGUUGUGCCUCAAUUAAAAUGGCAAUGUUCUAGUGACUAAAUAGAAAUUUCAAGCAAGCCUUUUUUGUUGUUGUUCUGGAAAGGUAAAAAGGUAAAGGUAAAGGGACCCCUGAUAAUUAGGUCCAGUCGUGACCAGCUCUGGGGUUGCGGCGCUCAUCUCGCUUUACUGGCCGAGGGAGCCGGCAUACAGCUUCCGGGUCAUGUGGCCAGCAUGACUUAGCCGCUUCUGGCGAACCAGAGCCGUUUACCUUCCCGCUGGAGUGGUACCUAUUUAUCUACUUGCACUUUGACGUGCUUUCGAACUGCUAUGUUGGCAGGAGCAGGGACCGAGCAACGGGAGCUCACCCCAUCGCGGGGAUUUGAACUGCCGACCUUCUGAACGGCAAGUCCUAGGCUCUGUGGUUUAACCCACAGCGCCACCUGCGUCCCUGGAAAGGUAGUGCUGUUUAAAUGCAGCUAUCAAGCUUCAGCACAGAAGUGACACUGCUAGCUUCUCCCUGUUUCCCAAAAUGCUGUGGAAUUCUCAGGAACAAGAGAGAACCCAUCUGCAUAUCCAUGGCACAGGAGUGGGAAAAGUAUUUCUUUGCUUCUCUCUUUGUUUUCUCCUACCAUUCGGCUUCGGCGCACAGAGUGCCUCAGAAGGACAGCACAGUUGUGAAGAUGCUAUCCUGCCCCCUUCCCCAGCUUCGUGACUCGCGUGGCAAGUGGAACUGUGGACCCUUGCUCACAGAAUCCAGCUUUUUUCUUGGGGCAGGAGUUCGGUUUGGCUUUUUACAUAGGCCUGAACGUGAGGGCCUUAUGCUCACGACUGUUUGUGGCAAGGGUUGUGCCCUGGUUUGUCACUUCUGUUAUAAAUUCGGUUUGCAAUAUAGAUGGACAAAUGGGAGCUGCGCCACGGUUGCAGUGUAUUCCGAGCACCUAAGAAGACAGGUGGUGUCAGGGCCACAGAAAGCCUGAAACAGGAGUUCUCUAGUGUUGACUCCCUGAGGUGAGGGAUGUUUCAGUAAUGGGAAGGGAUCAAUGACACUUCUUUUCCUCACUGUGACAGGUCACCUUCUGCUGUAAAGCUGAAGUGAGGGAGAGACAGUUCUGGAUAAUUUCUUUUUCUGAAACAUCCCUGUAUAUUGCAAGACAGUUAUCUUCUCUACUCUCCGCCCCCCAAAUUCACCAGGAUGUGAGAUGUCAGGGUCAUGAAUACAUGUUUUCUCUCCCAUCCUCCCAUGAACCUUUAAAAAAAUACCAAUGUUUGCAACUGCCACCCUAGCAUUCACUGUCUUAACUGCUCUCAAAUGUAGACUUAAUAAGUAUACCUCAAACAGUCUGUCUAAAUUCUUGUUUCUUUAGGGAUCCACCAAUCCCCUCUGCUUCUCUCUUGGCUCAGCUGCUGUCAGCAGUACCCCAAGGGAACUCAUAUGGGAGUUUUCUGGAUCUUUAAACUUUAAAAAACAAAAAACAAAAACAUAAAUGUAGGCAUUUCUACAGAGUUCCCAAGUAUGUAGGAAACAGUACUGUCUUUUUGGGCGGCCCCAGUGCUUUUUUUCUGGGGGGUAUGCAUACCCCUAAACAUUUUUUGAAUCUUUGUACUUUUGUCCAUUUACUGUACAGUGGUACCUCAGGUUACAUAUGCUUCAGUUUACAGACUCCGCUAACCCAGAAAUAGUACCUCGGGUUAAGAACUUUGCUUCAGGAUGAGAACAGAAAUCGGGCUCCGGCGGCGCGGCAGCAGCAGGAGGCCCCAUUAGCUAAAGUGGUGCUUCAGGUUAAGAACAGUUUCAGGUUAAGUACGGACCUCUGGAAUGAAUUAAGUACUUAACCUGAGGUACCACUGUAUUUAUUUUUCCUAAUUUGAACAAUAAAAUGAGACUACCCCUAAACAUUUUUUUUAGAAAAAAAAGCACUGCGUGGCCCCAUUUCACUUCCAGGCUGAAUAGACACUUCACCACCCAAGUUUGCUGCUAGAGGAAAUGAUGUACUGUUCAGAAGUAGCUUUGCAGUGCUUGGGGGAAGCUCCCUGUGGUAAAUGGCAUCUGUAUACCAUUGACGACAGCAACGCAGCACUGUCUGGUUUUUUUGCUGAUUGAUCACUGCUGUUGGCAUCCCCUUUAGACCAAGCCGGCAUGUAGUGAGAGGGCAUUGCAUCACUGCGCCGAGCAUAAUGAACAGAUGCAGGAGCUCUCCUUUCCAAGAUUCCGCAGCUAUGAUAUUUACACAGCCACUUAGCAAAAGCUGCAAUUAUAAAACCAGUGGUAUUCAGAUGGUGUAUAAUUUGUGUACACAAUACCAUGAAAGACUAAUCCACCCUUUAGGCGAAGUUCCUGUUGAGUCUAGCUAAUUACCAUGGGACACAUCAUGUUGCAUGUGUUCGCAAGGAAGCCGGAGCCGGGUCUCAGUGCUUAUGCAGUGAAUAGUAGCCCUUGGUAUUAACUGUGAUUCUGACUUGUGAAAUUGUAGAACAGAGGUCCACACGCAUCUGCAUUUGGGACAGAAGCAUAGCUGUCAACUUUCAGAUUUGAAAAUAAGGGAUCAGCAGCCUCACCUGUCCCGGGGACAGUCUACGGGAUAUCUAACAAUCUGGGAUAGCAGCAGGAAGCAGUGGGAAACGGCGCUGGAAUAAGGGAAUUUCCCGCAAAAAAAGGGAAGGUUGGCAGCUAUGGACAGAAGAAUGCAUCAAUUUUGUUUGUGUCUUAAGUCUUCUACACUGAGCGUACUUUCAGUUCCUAAUAAAUAUAGCAGAGCACACUCAUACAUGUGCAUGCAUGCAGAGAAAUGGCACAUACAUAUAUGAUUAAAUUUACAUCUAUUAUUUUUGAAGCUUGUUAAUGGCAACCUCAGAUGUUAAUUAGAAAUAACCUUGAAGCUGUGAGGAAGCACAUUGAAAUACAGCAUAUCUGCUAAGACAUCUAUGUUAAAAGUGCAGUCACUGAAGAUCUGUCUCUCCAGGCACACCUUUCAAGGCUUUUACCUUUUGAGAAGAAAUGCUUCAGUAACAUAGGGAGUUUUGAAGCCUGAGAUAUAUUCAUUCUCUCUCUCUCUCUCUCUCUCUCUCUGUGUGUGUGUGUGUGUGUUUUUGUCGGAACGCAGUUAAAUACUCAAUUGUAAAGCAUUUUUGUCUUUCAAGUGCUGCUCAUAAAAUGGUUCUGUUGGUUCAUUUAUGGAGUUCUUCCCUUUAAAAAGUGGCUGAAUUUUCUGUUUCAUUAUCUGUUAUGUUGUUGACCCUGGCCGCUCCUGGAUGAGAGGGGCUGCUUCAACACUCCAUCUGUGGUAUCGUCUAUAUUUUAUUGAAGCAUAAUUGAGCUUUUCAUGUAUUUUAGCUCUGCGCCUUCUGUAGUUAAAUUGAUGUCGGUCCUUGUCAUCUGUCUGCAAUUACUGCCCCUAAAUUAUAUAGAAAUUUUUAUUUCCAAGGUGUGUGGUCUUAACUCCCUCACCACUUAAAUGUUUUAGAACUUUAGUGCAGAAAUGAACACCUUGGCUCUGUCUGGAUGUAAAAAUGAGCUUUAAUAUUAUUAUUUUUUAUCAUUGGUAGCUCUUUACUUGUUCCAACAAGAGAGAUUUCCCCUUCCUUGAGAUCUGAAAACACUCUCUUUGGCGAUCACUCGUAGCCAAGUAAGAUUGUCUUCCAUAAACACGGUUUUAACAAUGAGUCCGUAAGUGACGGUGGAGGCCAAUUCUGGAUCCACACAUCCUUCCACAGUGGGGACAUUGGUUUCCAGGCAGGAGUUGAUCACAGUGUGGACUUGCCAAGCGUGCCUUCCUCUUAGCACGGUUCUCCAUAUGACAGCAACAAUUGCAGAUAACAAUGGCUCUCAAAGUGAACCAUUCACAGUGGGAUCAGGUGUUAAACAGGGUUGUGUUAUUGCCCCAAUUCUAUUCAUUAUUUUCAUUGCCAUGAUCCUACACUUUGUCGAAGGGAAAAUUCCUACUGGGGUAGAAAUCAUAUAUCGAACAGAUGGAAAGCUCUUCAAUCUGAGCAGGCUGAAAGCAAAGAGUAAGGUUACCAUAACUUCUGUCAUAGAGCUUCAGUAUGCUGAUGACAACGUAGUGUGUGCAAGCUGAGAGGAUGACCUCCAAACCACCCUAAAUAUCUUCGCAGAAGCUUACGAAAACACUAGGGAAGCCUUUAACAAUGGCAACUCUCAGUUUUGAAAGAGAAAGGGGUGCCUCUGUAAUAAUGUGUUUGAUGGGAGUUGUGGUCCAAAAAGUUCAGGAGAGCACCAGGUUGAGGAAGGCUGGUUUAAAUUGUGAGAGGGCAGCAAGAUGCUGAUGCAACAGCAUUAAAACCUGAGAAGGCAGAGGACUUGCAGGCGCAUCCAGAAAUAUUGAGCAAGCAUGAUCUUUGCACCCAGGUGGUAAGCAGGCCAGAUUCCAGGUAGAUUUAUUCUUCUGACAUCCUUCACUGUGUGCGCAAAAUAAUCUGUCUAGCCAGCUUUCUCUUUGUAGGUGAAGCAAUUAUGCUGGAUUUUCAGCAUCCAGCUCUGCUAUUCUGACGGGUCACUUUCCAACCUUUUGUUCUGCUAAAAGCUGUUAAGUCUUUUUUGGCAGAGUAGUUAAUGGAGAAGCAAAGUGAUCAGACACACCCUACAGUUCAGCAUGCCAACCUUCCCUCUCUUGCUAAUGCAGGAACUCCUUGGCUGGUCACCUGCAGGGUACAUAGAAAUUAAAUAACACUUCCUUGUAAAACCAGUGUGCUGUACAGAUGACCACAGUGUGUUGUCAUUUUGUAUGUGAAUGCAUGCUACCCCUGGUAUACAUUGAAAGGGAAUAGUGUUUGUUGUCUGCUUAAUCGUAUGAUGGCCUGAGAGUUUUGAAGAGUUUACGUACUUUUUGGACUAAGGCUUUUUUUAUUCACAGAGAUGAUGCACAUUCUGCUAAAGACAGCAAAAUCUCUCCCCGUUCUCUCCUCCACCUACACAGCCCCAGUACAGUGAAUCUCCAAAGGGUAUCUUCCAACUCCAGCAUGGAGACUGGAUACUCUUGGAUUAAGUUAUAUCCAUUUUGCAAGUGACCUUAGAAGCCAAUUUAGUUGGAAGGUGAGUUAGAGUGUUUAGAAUCUUGGCCUCAGCCAUGCCUUGCAAUUCAGCAGGGUACAGUAAUAGGCAUCUUUUGCUCUGUAGGUGAAUCCUGCCAAGAGUUUAACUACAAUGGAAAAUGAAUUGAAUAGUUGUCUUUCAGUGGCAUGUUACUUGGAUCUUACAAUAUAUAUUGUUGUGUGCAGUUACAUGAGUGCAUGAUAUCAGCAGAAGUUGCCUACACACACACACACACACACACACACAGACACACAAACUUUGCAGAUUAGGCAUGAUAUAUGUGCAUAAGAAACCUUCGUAAGUACCAGGGUUGCCAUGAUGUUGCAUUCCUGUGAUUAGUUUUGUAAGGAAAUUUCACUUUGGUAGGAUUUGCACAACCCAUCGUUGAAUGCAAGGUUGUGUCUCUGAUCUGUAUGUGCAAGUUUUAACCAUCAGCUAGGAUGCUCAUGCUCAAAAGGAUGCUGAGAAUUCCUUAAUAUGCAUUAUAAAAAAUAAAAAAGGAGUUAUGUUUUUACCAAGCAAUAAACCUAGCUGAUAGAAAGCUCUUAGACCAGGGGUCAGCGACCUAAGGCCCAUGGGCUGGAAGUGGCCCGCGGAGGUCGUUUGACUGGCCCCCGAGCCGCCCCCAAACCGAGCUGCCUGCUUGCAUGCUGUGCUAAACCGGCGCAGCGUGGUGUGGGGGCUCGCUUCCACGGGCAGACACCAAAAAUCGUGGGCGGGCACGCUCACACAUGCACGUGAACCGGCCCACAGAGGGAUCUCCUCGGGACUGAUCCAGCCCAGGCAAGAUAAACCUUGCUGACUCCUGUCUUAAGCUACACUUAAAAAAUAAUAAUUAAAAAAAAAAAAUUCCUACAGAAAUCGAGGCAAUGAACCAGUAUAUAAUACAAAGUUAUCUUUCUGUAUAGGCAGAUUCAAACAUGAUACUUUUUCAUGCCCCCCCCCCAGCUUUGGAAUGGUAGCAAAUGGAAAAUGUUACCUGCGCAUAUAUCUGCAUUGUGACAUCAUUAUUUGCACUUGCACUUCUUCACAGGCAUCCUUCCCAAACACCACUGUGCAGUGAAAAAUGUUAGAUCAAAAUCUGCCCUGCCUCUUUAGAUGGGCUGUGCUGGGAUUGUAUAAAAUAAGAAGAGGCACUAAAUUGUUUUGCCACCUGAUGUUCAAAGACUAUGCAAAUCAUGGGGGAUUAAGAACGUCUUGGACAAAAUUUAGCAGAAACAACAGAAAGAAAGCAGGGUGACUACUGGGCCCGCCAGCAAAGGAAUGUAGCAUUCCCUAUCAGUUGUCACUCCAGGUGUAUGGGCAACUUCUGAGAUGCUGCCUCCCUUGCUUUGUCUGUUCCCCGAAGCUGUGUGUUAAAUGAAAACAUGCAUACGAUCAAUUUAGCUUGCAAUUAAACAUUUUCCUUAAGCAGUUGGCACUACGACAACUGAUAAUUACCAUGCACAACACUUUGAAAAAGCCUUAUUAUGCUUGUUUAUGUAGGAUCACUCUUGGCAUAAUAAUAAGCUAUCAUUACUACAAAUGUACUUACUGUACAAGCACACCUUAAUGUAAUCGCAAGGCUCAAUUAAUCACACGGGAGAAUUAAAAUGAGUGACUUUAAUCUUCCUAAAUUAAAUGCUUAUCAAAAGAGCUUUGAAACUUCAGGGCACGUUUACCUAUGUUUUGCUUUAUAGGUAUCUCUCUCUCUCUCUCUCUCUCUCUCUCUCACACACACACACACACACAUUAGCUAAACUGCCCAGGGUCACGUUCUCACUUCCCAUCUUCUCGCCUUUUUUCUUCUGUCUCUUGGGAAGUUGCUUCCACUGUGUUUGGCUCCUUUGGCAAAGAUCACAAGGGCUAAUAAGCUUUCCUUCUAAGUUGGCAAGUAUAUUCCUGACACUUGGUUUAUCAUGCUACGCAGUCUCUUUACUUAAAGGAAAUAGGCUGGGGUGGGGGCGGGUGUGCAGUAACAACACAAAAAGGCUAUAUUGGUGAUUCCUGUGAAACUGAUCUCUGCCAGCUUUGGCAGAGCCUUGGAGUGGCUGCAGCUGAAUGACAGAGCAUGUACUUUGCAUAUAGAAAGUCCAAGGUUCCAUUCUGGGGAUUUCUAGUUAAAAUUGUCCUUGGUUAGCAGAGCUGGGGAAUACACCCCCCCACACACACUUCCUGUAUGAGACCAUGAAGGUGAUAUUAGCCACUAGGUGAUAGUUAUUCAACACUUCUGUGUCCUGGGAGGUUCUCUUAAGGAAGGGAAGACCUGAUUUUUGCAGCGGUACUGAAGUUAGUAAUUCUCUACCCAGUUGGACUAGCCCAUUCUCUCAAAAAGCCAGCAAUUUCAAGAGGCAGAAUUAUAUGUUACCAAUAACAUGAACUUCCACUGGAGCCCCCUAUGGAGGUCUCCCUUUCAUGAUAGAUCAAGAUAGAUUUGCCCCUUUGCAAAGAUGAUGAGUAACUUGGUUUUCCAGCUGUUGGGUGAGAUACUAAGCAGGGAAAGUUAGCAGUGCACAACAAACUUUUUUGAACUAUAUUUUCCACAAUCCAGAGGAAGUGGAACACGUUUAUAGGAGACUUAAGAUGGUUUCUGUUGGAAGUGAGCAGGUCAGGCUUUGGCUGGGUAUACGACUCUGGCUUGGGCUGAAGGCAGGGUAGGGUCCAGGCUGAGCUACGGGAGAGCAGAAAUCUGAUGUUGCUUCAGCAUGUACCAAACAGACUGAGCUCUAUAUAGCCGUUGCUGCUGCAGUAGCAGCAUCCCUGCUGUAAGCGCCAGUCCCCCAGGAAGGUGCCCUUUCAAUUAAAGGACCCCAGCUAGCUCCAUCACUCACUAACGGAGCAAGGGAGACUCUGGUCUCACUGGGUCUCCUGUGAUGAUGAUUAUCCUGUGAUGCAGUCCUUCAGUUCUAAGGAUGGCAGUGCUGUAUCCUCAGACCAAGGCUCAGACACAAAUGGCUCAUGGGGGGGGGGGGUGUUUCUGAGAGUCCUCAUCCCCUGAAGACCAGGAAUCAGGGUCAUGACAUCUUCUGACACAGGAGAUAAUUGAACAAGACUUAGGUUUCUUUAUUACCACCUACUUUUUGUAAAAUAUCAGUGUGUCUCUUCCACCCCACCCCCAGCUACAACCACCCCUUUCUGUGAAUUUACAGUAUCUUAAUGGAUGCCAACAUAAGAGCUUGUUGUCCUAAAGCAAGUAUCUCCAACCUUUGGCCCUCCAGAUGUUUUGGACUACAAUUCCCAUCAUCCCAGACCACUGGUCCUGUUAGCUAGGGAUCAUGGGAGUUGUAGGCCAAAACAACUGGAGGGCUGCAGGUUGGGGAUGCCUGUCCUAAAGCCUUCCCCCACCCCAGAAUAUACCAAUAUUCUGUUAAUUGGUGAACAGACUUAAAGCAUUUCCAAGCUGUAAGUGUGUGUUUCUCAAAGGGAGUUUGGUUGUUUGUACUUCUCUGUGGAGAGAGCAAUUAAAUCAUGGUGGGGGGGGGGGAGGCAGAACUGCUUAUCUUGAGAAAAUUUCUAAUCUUAUUCAAAAGGGAUAGAUGGGGGGGACACAGAGGAGAAUUGUGGGAAGAGUUACGGCAGAGGGAAAAUCUCUCCAGAGGGAGCAGCUAACUAGUAGACCGGGGGUGGGGUGGGGGGAGAAGCCGAAACUGAGAGUGCAGAUGCCAGUGGGAGCAGGAUAUGAACCCUUUUAAGCAAGAAGUUCAAAGUUUGGUAUGGGUGUGAGAGAGAAAAGCAGCAGUGGUACAAUUAGAGCUGAAGAUUUGCCCGUAAGGGGACGAACGCUCUCGCUGUCACUGCGGGUGACUGUUUUCACUGAAGCUUUAGAAAAACAGGUACCAUGAAACCGGAACAGGGGAACUUUUUCUUUGGCAACCGUUUGCCUGGGGAACGCAUUUGCUGGAAAGCAUCCCCGACAUCAAGAAACUCCCAGAACGUCAAGAAGCUUGUUCUGACAAGGAUUCUUCUUUCCAGGGACUGCAGCCUAAAGAACAGUUCUUGACAAUGUCUAACUGCCUUUGUCAGAAUGUUUACUCCAGCCACUUGGCUCUGUAGUUGCGCUUUUAUCCUUUUUUAAACGGCAGAAGUUUCGCUUGCAGGGAAAGGGAUCCUUGUAGGGGAUUCUUGUGGGAUGAGAAACGCUGGCUUUUUUUUUUGCGUAGGCUGCAUGAUGCAUCUCUGCUUCAAAUGCGGCCUCGGAACUAUCUCCUUCAGCCCAGUUGGGAGACAAGGAAUGACUUCCAUAUCUUUGAAAAUAAAUGCCAGCGUCCUUUUUUGAGUGAGUAAUUUGUGUGCCUGGCUGGAAGCCAGGGCUGUGAACUGCUCUAACGCUUUGGAGUUCUGAAGCUUGCCGAUCUGGCUGGUAGCCAAACACAUGUAAUAUUCAUUCUGAUAACAUGACUGCUUGCCUUUGAAAUGUGUGGGUGUUGCUCUGUGGUUUCUUUGCGCACGCCAGGGUUUGCACCCUCUCCCACUUCGAUGCCCAAGUUGCAUCAUCUGAGAGCUACUCUGUCAGUGGUGUGUUCGGUGUUUCUGGUGCAUACAGAUUGGAUUUCUUUCCCUUAGAUUUACGCCUAAGCUCCUAUUUGAACAGAAGGUUUCUUGUCUUGGACACAGUGGGUGGAUUAACACAUAACGCCAAGCAGUGGUUUGGUGCUCCCGGACGACAAGCUCUGUGCAAGCAGGCUACCGCCAUUCCUUGUGUGCUCAGCUUAAUUAGUCACUCCUAGUUUGCAGGCGAAGCACAAACGAUAAUUUGCCAAUGUGGGGGUCACAAAAUAAUUAAGCGGAGCAGCAGAGUGUGCAGAUGCAGGAUUCAUUCCCGUAGUGCUGGACCAUGGCAAGAUGGUCCAAGGUUUGCAUUGCUUGGAUCAGAGAGUGGGCUGAAGAAUUAAGUGAUGGUAAAUGGGAAUGUACCACAAGGUUUAUUGCCCCUGUAACAGGCAUGGCCACCCUUUUUAGGCCAGAGGGCCACAUUGAGGAUUGGUCACUCUUUUCAAAACCACAUGCCAGUGGUGGCAUGGCCAGAGCAUGCACAUGCAUAUUCUCCACACAAACAAGCCAUGCACAGAGAGUACGCUUUCAUCGUGUGGCUCUAACAUUGUCAGUGGAGGCACAGGUGUGGCCUUAGUUGCUAGAGAUGUCUGUUUUCAGCUCCAGCUAGUUGAGCAGCUUACACCCCCUUUUGCAGUAAAAUUACUUGGCCUUUGCACUCCAUGCUCCAGUAAGUUCCAGACUGGACUAUUUUAACAUGCUCUUCGUGGGACCUGCCCUUAACUAUGACUCGGAAACUUUAACUGGUCCAAAGUGCAGCAGGGGUACUGGGCAGGGUUCAUUUUAUAACUCAUGCAAUCCCUGUUUUAAAAUGGCUACAUUGGUUGACAGUCUGCUUCCAGGCCUGAUUUGAAGGUCCCAUGUCCCCCUAAAGCCCUAAACAGCUUAGGCCCCAAAUAUCUGGAAGACUAUCUCCUUCCCUACAGUUCCUCUCAGGUGUCAAGAGAUCCCUCUUGGUAGUUCCAUCACCCUCAGAGCUUUGGGGCAUGGUGUCCCUGGAGAGGGCACCCUCUGAUGAAGCCCCCAAGCUGUGGAAUUUCGUCCUCACAGGUGUGUCUAGCAUCUUCAUUGUAUAGCUUUCAUCAUACCUCUUUGCCCUGUCCUUUGACACCUGAGAGAGAUAUUUAAGGAUCCGCCCUAUUCUUCUGAUUGUACAUUGUUUUAACUGAUACAGGGUCUGUAUUUUUAUAUCGUUGUAACCUGCCCUGGGACCUUAUGGUGAAGGGUGGUUAGGAAAUCCAAUAAAGAAUAGUAACACGCACACACACACGCACAUAUAUUCAGACAGCCUCUCCAUUCUGUUGCUGAUCAGCAGAGGAACCUCUACUCCCAGCCCAGGACGGAUGGAAAGGAAAGCUGUCCACUUCACCUUGCAAAGGCACGUCUUCUCCCUCUGGCAUGACACCAUUGGAAGAAGGCCUUAGUGCUCAGGGAACAGGAAGGCUCUGUCCCUGUUUAAUAAUUAUUUUUAUUUUUAUUUUAUACCCUGCCCAUCUGAGCACCAAGACUUUCUUGCAGGUGCCUUUGCCAGGAAAAGCAGGGAUGAGCUGCCUGAUUUUUUUGAGGGUUGUGAACCAAUAGAAGUGGCUUGACAAGCUAGAUGCAGCCUGUGCCUCCCAUAACAUAUGAACAGAUGGCACUGUCUCUCCAAAUUGUGAAGAAAGAAGGCGUACAGCUACUAAAACACAGCUACUUUAAACCACAGUGCUAAAAGGUCGUAGAAUCAUAGAGUUGGAAGGGACCACAAGGACCAUCUAGUCCAACCCCCUGCAAUGAAGGAAUCUUUUGCCCAAUGUGCAACUCGAACUCAUGACCUUGAGGUUUAAGAAUCUGCUCCUCUACCAACUGAGCUAUCAUUUUGCCUGAAUGCCUCCUGCUUUGAGGAAGACGGAUUAUCGACAGCCUCAUGCACAUGUGCUUCCAACUGUCUCCAAAAGCAGGUGCUUUGCCCAAAUAUGCCAAAGCGCCUGUGAUUUAAAGGAUUUGGGUUGUACUCCUUGUGGCUUUGAGGAUGGCCUUCACCAGCCAAGUGUCUUCAAGAUGUUAAUGAGAGUUGCAUUCCAAAACAUCUGGAGGGCAGCAGGUUGGCAAAGUCAUCUGUAUAUUUCUGCUGUGAGGGUUUUGAUUUUUUUAAAUAACUUUGCUAUGGGGCAAUAAUUAGGAGACGUCACCUCUCCUGGGAAUUAUAAAUGGGGAAGUCUGCCGCUUUGCUAGAAUGCCAAAAAUAUAUCCUUUCCUAGAAGGCUCCCCCUCUUUUCUUUUUACACAAUGAAGAGAACAACAAAGCAACAGAGUUGUAUGAAAUAUGGAUCAAGGAGGGAGAGAGGAAGAAAGGGAAGCCAGGUAUAAAUAGCAGGCAUGCAUCCUGUUUUUUUGUUGUUUUUUUUUGCAGUAGAGCUUUGUCUCAGGCUAUCAAUCAACUUUUCACCACUUCCUGCAACAGCAGGUCUGCUAUAAAUCCUGCCGUAACUGACUGGGUUUCAUUUCCUCUGCCAAACCCUGCUAACCUGCGAGGCAUGACACAAUGACACCAGAGCGAGCAGCUGAUAAUGUAAUACACAACUCCUGUGAGGCGAAAGUUAAAGUGCUUGUUCUCUCAGCUGAAUGAUUUUAAAGAUCUUUAUAUUCUAGUUCCCAGGGGGGAUAAUUACUCAGUAUAACAUACAGUGCAUGCCUUUAAAAAAAAAAAUCCCCUAUAGGAAUUUUAUUUUAAAGUGUGUGGUAAAGAUGGGGACAAGCAGUUGCCUUAAAAAAUAUAUGCUCUAACCCUUUCCCAAAUUGCUUCCAUUCCAAGAAGCAAAGCAACAUCUCCCCCCCCCUUUUUUUUAAGGUUCCAGGAGAACGUUUUAGCUCAACCCCAAUUAUAAGGCUAUUAAAGGCAAGGUUGUAACUCAGCAGCAGAGCACAUCCGAAAGGUCCUAGGUUCAGCUCCUGGUGCUUUGAGUUACAGAAUCUCAGGUAGCAAAGCAGAGACAAACUAGUGUCUGAGACCCUGGAGAGAUGCUCUGCUGUGAGAUGGGGAAGACUGUAACUGAAUGAGCACAGCACCGGUUCUGCGGAAAGCGGAUAGUUGCAUUCUGCGAAGGCCAAAAUUGCAGCUCAGUUUUGCUCCGUUUGACCUCUGUAAAGGUAUUGAAAAGCACUCAGCCAGCAUAGAGAGCACCCUUCUCUGUUAAAAGGAAAUAACACAUGCAAGCGUAGCAGUAAGGAUCCCUUAAUUCAAGUGUUACAGAUUAGUUACUGUGCCAUCAUUAAAUGCUUAUUGAAGCCAUUAAUUUGUUUAAAUUAAUCCCCAUCAUUCUUUUUUUAAAAAGUCAAAUGAAACAAAGCGUCCUCCGUUUGUGGCGCAGGGUUAAACUGUUCUGACACAUUGUCCCGCUUUCUUACACACACAGCUCAUCCCACACAAACAUGCACUUGUUUCAUGCCACUGAUCUGCGCACUGAAAAGGAUGCUAAUCACUGUGUCCAUAGAGGUGGGCAGGCAGCUCCUAAUUCUUAAUUUAACAGUAUUAACUCUUAUUAGUGGCUUUGGAGACUUCCCAUAUUAGUGGCUUCGGACAGUUCAGUAGCGCUAUUGCAGUGAAAGUGUUCUUGUAAUAUUUAUUACCAUUUCUUGAGUUACUGUUUGAUUCAUUAACAACAAGUUAUGUAAACACCAACAUCUGUUACCUUAUAGUGUCUCGGAGCGUAUAGUUGAGAUUCUGUUGCAACCUUUGAAACUUGCUGUGUCAAAUGCAGCCUAUUGGAGCAGUGAGAAUUUACCUUUCAGACUCCCCCUUUUGCAAACUCCUAACCGAGGGGAACAAAACCAUUCACCAGGCUGUACAAAUUAUUGCUUAUUGUGAUUUAUUUGCAUGAGGUUUACCACAGAACUUGACCGGGUUGCCUUAUCGUAUCAUAGGCGGUGGUGGUAAAAAGAGACCAGGUUGUCAUCUUUCUCGUAUAGAUAACACUGGGCAACAAUUUUUUACUUUUUGAAUGUUGUCUAGAUUUCUACAACUGAUUUAGGGUAUUUUUGCACUGCUGAAUCAGGAAAUGGCACCCGUUUCUCUCCAUCAGGUCAGGUUUACUGUAAACUGAAUGGUGGGCAUUGAUAAAGGUAAGUACACGUAAAUUGCAUGUUGCUUCACCAUUUUUCAAACUUCAGGGCUUGAACUUCAGGGCUUGAACUCCUGGAAUGCUCAGCAGCAGGGAGGUCUCUCUUCAGAGUCCAACAGUAGUCAGCCAUCAUGACUGCGUCCCAGCAACCCUGAUACCUGGUCUCCAUCUCUUUCAUGUCCUGAUGGAAUCUCUCCCCCUGCUCGUCACUCAUUGAACCCAGGUUCUCAGGAAACCGGUCCAUAUGUGAAAAUAGGUAGUGCAUCUUGAUGCUCAUGUUGCAGCCCAGGUUUCUGAAAGCAGUCAGCAUGUUGUUGACAAGUUCUGCAUAGUUUCUGGCCUUAUUGUUGCCAAGAAAGUUCUUCACUACCAGAACAAAUGCCUUCCACGCUUCCAGUUCCACUUUGUUCAUUGAGUUUCCGAACUCUGGAUCUCUGAUGAGCUGACGGAUCUGAGGACCGUCAAAGAUGCCAGCUUUCAACUUCUCCAUGGUCAAUCCUGGAAAAGCCUGGCACAAGUAAGUGAAGCAGUCACCAUCCUUGUCCAGAGCCUUGGUGAACUGCUUGAUUAAGCCGAGCUUGAUGUGCAGCGGUGGGAAGAGUAUUCUGUCUCUGUCCACCAGAGGGUCGUUGAUGACGUUCCUUUCUUUGCAAGGCACCAAUUCCUCCCACAUAGGCCAGUCCUUCUUCGUGUAAUGCUGAGCACGGUCCCUACUAUCCCACAUGCACAGAAAACAUGGGUACUUGGUGAAGCCAGACUGUUGUCCCAACAAAAAGUUCACCAUCUUCAGGUCAACACAAAUAAACCACUUAUGCUGAUCAUAACCAAUUUUCUCCAGCGCAUACUUCACCGCUUCAUAGUUCUCCUUCAGUGUACUCGAGUGAGCCAGGGGUAUAGAGGCAAACUGGUUGCCGUUGUGUAGCAGAACACAUUUCAGUGAUCGCUUGCUGCUGUCAAUGACCAAUCUCCAAUCUUUGGGUUCGUACUGUGGCACUCCAAGCUUGAGCAGAAGCUGCGCAAUACCUGCACAGUACACCAAGUCCUUCUCUUCCGAGAAAAACGGAGGUACUCUUGAUGCCUGUUGCGGAAGAAGCUGAUGCGAGCACUGUCAGAGAGGAGGUUUUUUUCCUUCAAUCUGGAUGCCAACAGUUCGGCAGAGUCCUUUGACAAGCUGAGGUCGCGAACUAGAUCAUUCAACUCCUUUGGGGAAAAUGGACGUGGAGCAUCAUCUUCAAGAACCACUUCUUCUUCUUCAUGUCCUUCAACACUGGUAGCAUCUUCGUCACUAAUGUCAGGAAGUUCUCCGAAGAUAGGCACUGGAAUUUCAUCACAAUAAGCUACAGGAGAUGUGCUGAUUGAAGAGCAGGAUACUUCGUGGGGCGGCUGCCCCAUUAACUUAGUUUUGAUCCCCCAACUUUAUGCUUUGCCACACCAAUUUAUGGAAGAUUUCGAGGUUUUAUGACUUCAAACUGAUCCCUUUUCGACAUAAUCACCCAGAACUAUCGGACCUGAAUACUUCUUGUCAUUAAAAUAAUCAUUUCCAAUCAAAACAAUUAUUCGACAUGGCAUUUUACCCCCACCAACUUCUUCUAAAAUGCUCCACACAAGAGUACAUGUGAACAAAAACGUAAAAAAAGACAUGUGGCCAUAGCUCAAAAACUUGACCUGAUUGAGCAAAACCGAUGUGAUUUUUUGAUUCAGCGCAUCAGAUUCGUCCUAAAUCAACUGAAAAAACGCAGACAACAAAUUUGUUGUUGACCAGUGUAAUACAAGCACGAGAAGGUAUGGGACACAUUUUCCUAUCCAAUUAAAAAUAGAGCCCACAGAUAUUUGUUUCCAAGCCCUAGUCAUUAGCGACAUACACACUUGCAGAUUAAAAGUGUGCCCCCCCCCCCCGGUAUGGUAUUAGGCUUGAUACCAGUUUUGAUAGUGGUAGGAACUCAACUUAAAGAGAAGAUUACUUCCUUCUGCUAUUUCCUUCUGUUCCAUCUUUUGACAUAACUUUUGCACUUUACUCUAGGCUAGAGAGAUGUACAGCUACAUGUUGUCCCAAUGACUUGAGGGAUAUCAGCUAAUCAAAUCUUCAGAUAGAAUUGUUCUUUCAUAAUGUGGUGCUGAGGGUCUGGAAAGAGUUAAAUGGAAUGCAUAGUGAGUUUCUGCAUGUUCUGGGAAUUUGGGCAACCCCAGUUACAGUUUUGUCAUCAUUGAGGUUUGUUGGUUUUGAUAAUCUUUGUAUCUGUCAGCCGCACAGAGUGUAACCAAAAUGUAUGCGCGCUCUCUCUCUCUCUUUCUCUCUCCUCCUUUUAAAGGUCAAAGAAGUUGGCAGCCCUUGCCGAACGCGUGCGGAAAGCAGAGCUGAGCAAGGCCAAAUUAGGUUUCGAGCUUGACGAGCUGGAAGCAGCGGCCCUUCUCGUGCAAGAGGAAGAAAAGGAGUUAAAAGCUGCUGGCACAGACGUCUCCAAGCCGCAGCUGCCUCCCUCCGAAGGAGCUGCUGCGAGUGACUCUGAAGACUCAAGCAGCACUUCAUCAUAUGAGACAGGAGACUCCGAUUCAGAUGAACAAGAGUCCUCAGCCAGCGAAGAUGGGGAAAUAAAUCCUUUACAAAGCACACUCCAAGAGGAGAGGACAGCCCUGCUUAUUGACUGUAAUGGAUUAAGGCGAGACAUAGGCACUUUGACGCUAGAUGCUAGUAGUGGAAAAUCAAAGGCUCCUUUGCAAUCUACAUCUGUUCCUGGGAAACUGAUAGAGGAAUUAGGGAAGCAAAUGCAGGCGGCAAUUAGGCUUACGGAGCAGCCUAAAGGUUCGCCUUCUGUAAGUGGCAGCAGCAGCAGCAGCACUUCAGAAGAGACAGGAACAAGCUGCACGGCUCAGCCUCAAGGACUUUCGCCGGAUCGUAAUGGAAACAGACAUUUCUUAGAGGUGACUCCAAAGCCCAGCGCUCUUCUGCUUCUUGGCAGCACAAAUGAAGCUUCUUAAGGAAAUGUGGACGGGGUGGGCUACGGGGGUUGUGGGUUUUUGCAGCGCUAGCUGUUGUGGUUCAUUUUAACAACCAAAGGCCACUUCAGCAAAUAUUCCUCUGUCAAAUACCAGUGAUGCAUGCAAAUAAAACAAGACUGCCUAGUCUCUGGAGUUAGUUUUGAAGUGGCAUCAUUCAAGGUUAGUAGUAUUACAAAAGGUAUGAUCAAACAUCAAUGAAGCUUUCUGAUUUGUAUUCUGCAGAUUGCUUAUAGAUCAAAUCUAUAUUUAAAUGUUGUAUUUCAUUAUCAUGGUUUCCUAGCUCCUAAAUUUUCCACUCGGGAUAUUACUGUCCUCCUUAUUUCAAUUUAACCAUUUUGAAGUGUCCAUUGUACAGCACCUAGCAGUAGGCUUGGUCAUCACAGGCACUCGCAUCUAAUAAGAUGUGCUUCCGUAGUAGUUGCAUGUGCGAUAUCGUCAAUGCCAGUGCUGCCUGAUCCUGUACUUUCUCACAACUUUUUGGGACUUAUUGCCAGGUAAGAGUGCAUAGGAUUGCUCUCAUCUUUUGUUUUUUUAAAAAAAUCAAUCUGCGAUACAUGGCUGUGUAUGGUGUUUUUUCUUUCUUUUUUGAACAUGUACAUGGUCAGAAUAUAUUUAACCUUUUAAGUAUGAACAACUGAUUUCAAGUUAUCUGUACUCCAGCUGCGCUGCUAAUACGUGAUUGGGAUGGAGGAAAGGUGGGUUUAGUGGUUGGUGCUGGUCCAAAAGGAACAAAACAUUAUUUUUAGCUGUAACUCUUAACAGUGGCUCACCAAAAGAUGCACCACCGUUCAACGACAGAGCUGAGUAUAUAUUGUGUUUUUCUGCCUUUUAGACUUUUGCCUGAACUACCAACUUAUCCUCUUGCUUCGCUCUUGGGUAGCUAAGCUUCAUUAACUAACUGUAGGCAGAGCUGUAUGUGUCUUCUGCAUCCCUGUCCGAAUGGAAUGCACAUCUCUUGAACUCGGCAUCCCGAAUUCCACUGAAUUCCUUUCUUUGACAAUAUGUUGCCACAGUGGUGGGCAGAGGCAGAAUAAAUUCUCCAGACUAUGCCAGCACAUUUUCACAUGCUUGAUUUGUUGUGCAGAUUUGAAAAGAAGUACGUGUCUGUGUAUAUGAUACAUACAUCCCAACACUGCAGCGCUCCAAAGAAACCUAUAUUGCAAAAGUUUAUAGUGUUCCAUUCUUCACACUUGCACUUCUGUUUUGUGGCUGCCAGCUGGGGAAGGGUGCCUGCCUGUUCUGUUCUCAGAACAGCUCUGUUUCUCUCUGAGAACUGACAGCUUCUGUGUUUGUGAAAGCAAUCUCUUUAUUCUGUCCAAAGCAUUGUCUUGCCUCCUGUGUAGGUUACUCCAUUCUAGCUUCAUUCUGGCAGAGUUGGAGCUUGAGCUCUCCGCCUUCUCUUCUCUCUGCCCUGCCCACCAAAGGCUCAGGAAAUUUCAGUAAGCGGAGAUAAAAUCCCGCUUCCCCUUUAAGUGUUGGGAAUACAUGGAAUGCAAGAACUAGUGUGCAGUGAUACCCUUCAAUUCAGCCUGGGUGAUGCGUGACAUAAGGUUGCCUCUGAAAAUGGCACCCACUGUCAGGUGUGUUCCCCCACAACAAUGACAAGCAUGUAACCCUGUGCCGUGAAUCAUCGCACGCAUUCCUCCUGCCCCUGUCGGUGGCAGCCAACUAUGUGGAGCAGGACAAGACUGCGGUGAUGUUACAACACAGUCAAGUGUUUCUAAAUGUUGUGAGAGGAAAGGGAGGAACCUCUGUGUGGGGAUGCAGCUUUCAGUGGCACUCACAGGAUGCCUGUAGCAUGUGUUUCAACCUUCUGACGUUGUUAAGAAAGAGGAAAUGCCUCGCUACACCCCACCAGCAGCUAGAAGUCACUGCCUCACAUUUGCCUCCUCUCCCCACCAUUGGGAAGUCUGUGUUCCUGAUCUUUUUGUUCCCGGCAUUCUAAUCUUGCAGAUAUCUGUUCCUGCCCUGCUAUAGCCCCUGUUCUGUUCAGCCAUCUUUAUACUACCAAAUGAACAAGCAAGGUUGGCUGUGGUGCUUUCACCAGCCAAAGCCAACAAGGGAAAAGGCCCAACUGUUUCCAAAACGGUGGCUACAGUAUUCUAUUGCAGAUGUGUUUUGAGUUCAGUCAUCUGUAUUUUUUUAUUAUUAUUAUUUUAUGGUCAGCCAGCCACCCUCUCUCCCAGUGCUUUAACUGUCGCACUUUGAAAGCUGUUGCACUUUUGUAUUUGCACUCGUAAGCAGUGUAUAAAUUGGUUAAAUGAAAAGGGACCCCCUCACGCAUCUUCCUCACACUGUCAUUCCCCAUGCUUUGCUUUGUGAGGGAGGGAUAGUGCUAUUUUAGAUCACUUCUCCUACGAUAGAUAAAUCAUAUCCAUUCAGGUACUCAAAUUCAUAUAUACACUUCGGACAGCUGCAUACUUUCUAUAGCUGACGCAUUACAGUAUGUUCCUCUGUUGUUUACCUUAGUAAAACUUGUAAACUUUGAAGGAGGAUGCACGCACCUAAACCUGUGUCUUCCUGCUGCAUCUCCUCUUCAUUCUGCUUUGUGAAGAAGCCAGCUCUGCUGCAACCUGUGUUUGAAGUGUGAAGCCGCUCUGUUCCGUUACUUAUGGAAAGUGACCGCCUUCUGUGUGUCCCGUUACAGUAACUGGACCUAUUUUAACCAUGCUGUCCAUAUUCUAACAGCAAAGCUUAUUUGGAGAGGUUUUUCCUUUACUUGGAACUCUGUCCAACUGAAGGCUUUUCAGAACCUCAGCAUCUUUUGCAAACAUUGCAAGAGCUUUUCUCUUUGAGAUGUUGUUUAGGAGCCCAGGUUAAGUCAGUGGUUAGGGCUUCUGCCUCAUGUUAAUAAAUGCUAACUGAUGGUUGAUACCAUUCUUUAUUUCAUAGCUCUUUACCCCAAACCUAAGUGAUGAGGUGACCAAAUAAACAUUUAAAUAAAUGAAUGUUUUCCAAUUUGCAUUAAAAAAAAACUUUCGGGGAGUGUGGUUAGCCACUUCAGAAUGCUGUGGGUUAAUUUUAAUUGGAGGUUUCCCAUUCCUUGCCUGGCUUGAAUGUUGUAAACUGUCAAUUAUCUACCUGAAGCAAAAAAAAUGGUACAGUUUGUCUUAGCCCUGGUUGGUGAUCUGUGUACAUGUUAGCUGAUUCACAUAAUUAGUUCACAUACCUGCUUGAUCUGAGCAGAAAAUAGAAAAAAAAUUGGUCAGACUGAACAGGAAGUCCCCAAAAGGAUCAAAUUAAUGAAUCCUCAAAAGGACGAUAUCUUAGCAUCUGUAUAUCAGUGUGACACAAUGUAAACAGAACACUUAUUUUCAGUAUUCUGAUUUGUUGUUGUUUAGUCGUUUAGUCUUGUCUGACUCUUCGUGACCCCAUGGACCAGAGCACGCCAGGCACUCCUGUCUUCCACUGCCUCCUGCAGUUUGGUCAAACUCAUGUUUGUAGCUCCGAGAACACUGUCGUUGCCUUUGUCCAUGGAGUUUUCUUGGCAGGGAUACUGGAGUGGCUUGCCGGUUCCUGCUCCAGGUGGAUCACGUUUGGUCAAAACUCUCCACUAUGACCUGUCCAUCUUGGGUGGCCCUGCAUGGCAUAGCUCAUAGCUUCUCUGAGUUAUUCAAGCCCCUUCACCAUGGCAAGGCAGUGAUCCAUGAAGGGGAUCAACAGAACACUUGUUUUCAGUAUUCUGAUUAUCAACAUGUUAAUCAACAUGUAUACCUGAAGGAGCGUCUCCACCUCCAUCGUUCAGCCCGGACACUGAGAUCCAGUGCCGAGGGCCUUCUGGCGGUUCCCUCAUUGCGAGAAGUGAGGUUACACCGAACCAGACAGAGGGCCUUCUUGGUAGUGGCACCCACCCUGUGGAACCCCCUCCCUUCAGAUGUGAAGGAAAUAAGCAGCUAUCCUAUCUUUAAAAGACAUCUGAAGCCCUGUUCAGGGAAGUUUUUAAUAUUUAAUGCUGUACUGUUUUUAACACUUGAUUGGGAGCCACCCAGAGUGGCUGGGGAAACUGAGCCAGAUGGGCAGGGUAUAAAUAAUAAAUUAUU